AUGGAUUCAGAUUUGACGGCAUCUGACAAUGGGCUCUUAAUAGGUAAGGUGCAUUAAGUAGUCUUUACUAUUCUUUUCCUGACAACCAUACAAAGCAACAGCCUGUCUUCCCUGUGUAAGUGCUACUCUCGGGGUCCCUUAAGAUAGUACUUGUUUCCUGUAAGAGUUGUGAACAACUGCCUGAGCAGUCGGCUAAUAGAAGCUAGAUUGUUUCAUGAGACAAAUAUUGGGCUGGUUCAAAUGUAAAACUAAAUCCCAGUUUAGUGUUACAAGAAUGAGCCAAGGAGAUGCUUCUUCUCUCCCCCAUGUGCUCAGUGUGGCUAUAAAAAGAAUUUAGGAAGCUUUUGCUUCUGGUUUAUAUUAUCUGUAGCUCGUUGUCUUGUUUUAAACCUGACAAACUGUGCUUAAUCUUAAGUGUGGUUGCUUGAAACAAACCAACUUCAAACCAUAGCUUAAGAAGCUUAAGAAGAACCAUGGUUAAGAUUAUCUGCAAUUUAGGGACGCGGGUGGCGAGGGACACGGGUGGCGCUGUCGGUUAAACCACAGAGCCUAGGACUUGCUGAUCAGAAGAUUGGUGGUUCAAAUCCCCACGACGGGGGGAGCUCCCGUUGCUCGGUCCCAGCUCCUGCCAACCUAGCAGUUCAAAAGCACAUCAAAGUGCAAGUAGAUAAAUAGGUACCGCUCCAGCGGGAAAGUAAACGGCGUUUCUGUGCGCUGCUCUGGUUCGCCAGAAGCGGCUUAGUCAUGCUGGCCACAUGACCCGGAAGCUGUACGCCGGCUCCCUUGGCUAAUAAAGCGAGAUGAGUGCCGCAACCCCAGAGUCGGUCACAACUGGACCUAAUGGUCAGGGGUCCCUUUACCUUUACCUUUAGUGACUGGACAUGCAUGCUGAACAGUGGUUAAUCAAAAAUGGAAUUGAAAACUUCUGGCAGCACGUCUCUUAGUGACUUUUAGCAGAAUGUAUGGACUUGCCUUUAUUGGAAAGUUUUGUAUUUGAGUCGGUGUUGGGCAACAGGAAAAUUCCGCCUCUGGUGACUGAACUGUGAUGGCUCCUGCAAACAGAGAAGUCAUCACUAGAUGCUGCAGUCCACAAGGGAUUCAUAUGCAUCAUAUGUAUCAACAGGUCCCUCAGAGUAUGUUUCCUUGAAGUCAAAGAGGCCAACUUCCGAGGAAAUGCUUUAGAAUCCUUAUGGAGGGUUGCUGGUUCCUCGUGGAUUCGCUCGGGAUCUGGGUGCAUGGUAAAUCACUUUGAAGUUCCAGGUUGCUAAUGACCUCGAUAAAGCACAUUUUGCCAUAAUUAAAUGAUCAUAUGAACCAGCCACAAUUUGGUUCUCAAGUGUUUAGAAGUCUUUGUGCUCCAGGCUCAAUGAAAUCUGCCCCAAAGCUAUUUUUAGAGGAUGCCUGGUGUCCCUGGCUAUAUUGAGCCAGAUCACAGACGGGCAAGUGCCAGGCAGUGGUAGAUGCCUUAAGAGCUGAUUAAGUAAUGCACAUUUUGAGGCAGAGAGGAGGAGAAUGCUUUUUGUGGUAAGUGUAGCCAAGAGAUUUGCACUGUCUUUUAACAUUUACCUGAGAAAUGUAUUUUGGACGCCAUGCAAAAUGGAACUGCACUUGCCAAAUGCCUCCGGAAUCAUGGGAAUGGGUCGUCAAGUAGCUGUGUUGGUUGUUGAUCAGCUUUGUAGGCCUACAAUCAUUUUUGAACUUUUGCCACCAGGCCCAUUGAAAGUGGCUGCCAUUGCCCCUUUCCCUUAGGUGAGGCACGUUGUUUGCUCCUGUCAUGAGUCCCAUGGAGACGUCAUGGUCAGAUCCUGAAGAGGACUGGAUGGAGCUUUGGGGGUUGGAGCUGUAUGACCCCAGAGAGGGUCCUAGCAGGAUUGGGGUGGUGAAAUUGGGACCCCAAUAAGUGUGAGAGCCCAAGAGGGGGGCCAGCAGGCUGGGCUAGGGAGUGGAGAAGUGGAUUACACUGUCAGUUGGUAAAUGGAGAUUUAACAUUAGAAACUCUUCUCUGAUCCAGUGCAUUGAUGAAGUUUGUCAACAUAUUUCAUUAAAUUUAAAAUUUGUUAAAUUCAUUUCCCCUACACAACCUAACCCAAACCCUAAAAUGCUGGAGCUCUGGGUGCUGCUUGCUCUGUGGGCAAGAAAGACAGCGCUUGUCCAACAAGAAAUGUCUGGUGGCUACUGCUGGAAAUAGUCUUGGGUUCCAACCUAUCUUUGUUUAGCAAUUGCUAACCACUGCACUUACUUUAUUGAUGGCUUUCAUCCUGACUUUUCAGUGCUCUACCCACUGCAGCCCAACCUGGGGUGGUGUGUAGGAGAAGACUAUGCACAGCUAGUCAGAUUCCUAAAUUAAAUUUCUGCAGAUUUUUGGAUUAUAAUGUGACUCUGAAACUCCUUUUUAAUUGAAGUGGCCUGGCAAGUCUUUGGAAAUUUAAAGUAUGACUCAAAAUCUUAUCCUUCUUUGCUGGAGAGAACAUCCUGUAACUGAUUAAUGAAGUGUAAGGCAGGCAAUAAAAGCUUUGUAGCUCUGAUAAUGAUUUAUAAUCUGGGGCAUAAGUACAGUGAGGUCAUGUCCCCCAGAAAAGAAUUGAUUUUUUUAUUUGAUCUGCAUAGUCACUGAAAUAUCUUUCAUAUGUGUGCCUCCUCUCACUUCUUCAUUACCAUUUGCUAAUUUUAUUUUGUAUGUCUAAUGCAAUCCUAGAGAAUAGGAUACAGUGGUUGACUUUUCACACGCUGUGGCUGUUGAACAUUUAUUAAACCAUGGCGUAGUGUUAUAUCCUCCAGCUGGGCAGGAUUCACGGAUAACCAGAAUCUGAACAAACCACAGUUUAGUAACCUGGGGGGGGGGGGACACCUGUCAUGCUGCCCUAAAUUUAGCUCUGCACCAAGAGUUUGAUACCCAUCGGCUCCCCUCAGCCAGUCAAAGUCGUUCCCCUUGCGUAGCCGCUGUCUCAUGCUGACAGCGUCUAGGAGCCACAGGUGAGAACUGAGUGCAGGUUGGGGACUCAAGGUGGAUGAACUACCCCAGAAGGAACAUGUUGUGUCCCCCACCAAUAAUACACCCAUAUUAUUAAAUUAAUAAAUAUUAAUAAAUAAUUAUUGGGUGGUUUAUAACAAAUCAAUAUUAAAAUACAACAUACAAUAUUCAAAAACCACAACAAACAAAAACUCAACAGAGAUACCAUAAAAGCCCUAACUUAAAACACAAUUUAAAAGUCUGAGGGACAAAAAAUGUUUUCACUGGGUGCCAAAAAGGGCCUUUUCCCAGGGAUGUUCACCAGGAACUCAUCUGCAGGAGCCAACUGCCUCUGAUCCAGAAGCCAUGGACAGUCUUUACCGAUUUGCCUCAACUCCUUUCAUAGCCUGCUGAGUUGGUGGCCAACCCCACAUUGCACAGCAGCAAAUUUAAUAGUUUAACUUUCCACUGUACAUUUCUUUUUAAAAAUAGCCUUGACGUGCCUGGGGGUUGAGUUCUCCUUGUGUUCUCUCAGUGAGAGCCAGGCCACCUGAGCUCUGAAUGCAUAGAAGUUGGUGGGCAGGGGGCAGGGGAAAUAGCUCAGGGGAAAGGCUUAGGAAAACCCUCUUGCCAUGCCGUAGUCCUCCUUAUACCAUCUGGUCCCUCUUUUAAAAGAAAUAUAAAAGGGAGAGGAGAACCGGCCACAAACCUCCUGGACCCGGCCUUGUUUGGCCACUGGCUCUGGUAAACAGCAACAAGCUCCAGGUGCACUGCUGCCCCGGAAUGAAGCAGGAAGGGCAAAUGCCGGCCUGCUCUUUACCCCACCAGAGGGAAAGGUCCAGUCUCUUGAUCAAAGAGGGAACUGUAACGGAGCAGCUUUCCCACUUUCCAGCCGUAACUUCAGAGGUGCAUUUUAAACCCCAGAGCACUGUAACCCUCAGGAUCUGGAGCGGUUAAAUACUUUGGAUCCUUGCAUUUGUUUUCAAGCGCUCUGAAUGCAAGUCAAAUAAAACCACAAUCAAAUAGAAAGAAUGGUAUUUAUACAGCACUUUCCCCUAAGUGCUUCAUACGCAUUAUUAUCCCACAACAAUGCGCUCCUGUACAAAGCUGCCCAUUUGUUAAGGUCAUCUUCUUAUGCCGUCUCUCCUCCAUCAGACGGUGUAUGUGUUUGUGCUUGAGGUGGGGAAAGCACUUUUUCUGUCUGCACAAUGCCAGGAGCAUUAAAUAGCAGAAACAAAGACUCUUUGAACCUGGGCUAGUGCAAGUAGAAAUGAUGCACUGAACUCUUGUUACUUUUAAUUAACCUUUAAUGCAACCAGCCUCUGUAUAUAUUCUGCAACCACCCUGUUUGUUCUCAGUGAAUAUGGAAAUGGCAGAGGUUGAAUGAAUACUCCUUCGUAUUUGAGUAUGUUCCUAAUUUAACACCAAGGCCACAGAUGCUUAGAGAGAGAGAGAGAUCACGGUGAAACUCCAAUCACAGUCAAGACCUGGAAUCCAGUAUGUGAAAUAAAUCAAGUUGUGAGACGGCAGGUGUGAGCUGGGAGUCUGAAGUACCAGGAGAUGGUAGCAUCUCAGGCCAGGCCAGGCCGUCCCUGACCAAACAAUGGUUUGGGCUGCAGAGUCAGGCCAGUUUAUAGGAUCAGGUGGAAUGCUCUUUGCUCGUGCCUCCAACCCCUGCAGAGCUGUUGGUGGCAAUUUAAGUCUGUGGCUUCAUUGACACCAAAUCACACAGCAGGCGAGCAGCUGCUCCCUUUGGCAAGCUCACAUCAUUCUGCAGAGAUCAAGCGGCCGGAAUCUGCUGUUUUGAGACCCCUGUGCUUUGGAAUGGUUUCCUGAUGGAAAUGAUUCUCUCCCCUCCCAAGUUGUUCAGAAGCCCUUAAUGCUCCGUUUCUCUCUUUCGCACGCCACACGGCCUGUUGUGUUUCACUGUGCCCUUAACAGGCCCAGCAGACAUUGGCCUUUUGCUCUGUGACAGAAAGAAAGAAAGAAAGAAAGAAAGAAAGAAAGAAAGAAAGAAAGAAGGAUAAGCAACCCUACAUCCCAUCUUGAGCACAUGAAUCCUGUUUCUCUCCGUCCCUUGUGGGCAUCUUGCCAUGUGCAGGACUUCAUUCAGGCAGGGCUCCCCCUCGCCUCCCCUCGCCCCUUCCUCAAACUGUUUCUAAUUAGUAGGAACUAGUCUGUGGGAGCCUGUCUCAGAUAUUAUUCCACAAUGUUUUUACUUCUCUGUUUCACUAAUAUUUAGCCCUCUGUUUUCUUCUCUUCCCACGUGUCCCCAAAACCCUGGCACCUUUGUUGCAAAGCUGGAGUUGCUACAGCCCUCUGCGUGACCCUCCUCCUCCUUCUCCACCUCCUGCUGCUGCAGAUGUACAAACUGCCUCCACCCUUUCUCCUUUCCCCUCCAUUUCAGCACAUUCCCAUGAUCCGAGACCCUCCCAAAUUCCCAAACCUGAGUGCUACAUCCUGUUUCCUGCAAUUGGAACCACAUCAGUAGAUUUACAGUGUAGCUAUUUUUAGGUGUUUGCUUGUGAUACGUGUGGUCCGUGAGGCACCUAUAUCCCAGAUCAUGACCCGUUCAUAGAGACCUUUGUCCAUGUGCAUGCAUACUGCGGUCACGAUGAGGCAUUAUUGGUGUGCAGUGGGCUGCAGCCAAAACAGCCAUCAUCACACUGGUUGUCUAUUCACUCCAGUUGGAAGAAGCACCACCACAGUACUGGGCAUUGCUACCAAUUGCAAUAGAGCACAGUCUGUUUCACAGUGGUGUUUCCCAACAUGUGUGCAGGCAUAUGCAUAUGCUAAGGAGUGGCUUGUUGGCAUCCAUGUGUCUCGGGAGACAGUGGAGGAGUGUGCCUUUGGGGGUGAAGUCACAGUGCUUGCUGUGGCUGGAGAGACCCACAGGGGAGAGACAUGUUUUGUUGCAGCUGGGGCAGAUGAAGGCGUCCCAUUGUGCUGCUGCAGAUGCACCAGGGCGUUUCUCCUCUCAGCGCUCCUCCCGGCAGUCACUCUUCCUCUGGUCACUGCUAUGGAUGCACAACCUGUCUGUCUGUCUCCAGGCACUGUGGUUGUCUGAAAGGGAUUCUCACACAGUAGGGUUGAUGUUGCCGGCCUUCAUAAGCAGUGGCUGCAGAUAUCUGCAGGGUGAACUGGGCCAAAUGUUUGGAUCACUCUGCACCAGUUUUAUUCCAGGCCUUAUUCCAUCCCCUUUUUUUGCAUGUCCAAAAAUAGACAGUAGAGCAAAAACAUAUUUUCAGAUGCGCUGUAGUUUGCCAGCAAACUCGUGUUUUGUGGCUGUUUCUCAGAUCAACAUUCUUGGACUUUCAAAAAAUUCCUCAUCCAGGGCUUCUGAGUCAACUCAGCAGUUCUGGGAUAAGAGGACAGGUUUUCUUAAGGAUCAGUCACUGGUUAAACAGGAAGCAGAGAGCAGGAAUAAAGGGACAGUUUUCACAAUACAGGGAAAUCAGUGGGUUCCCCCAAGGAUCUGUACUGGGAUUAGCAAUGGGCGAAUCUGACGGUUUCUUUCUCAGUUUCUAAUUUUUCUAAUCUUAAGGUCAGUUCUCCACAUUUCUGCAUCCAUCUGUGAUUUUUUUUUAAGUCUUCAUGAAAAUUUGACAGCAUUUAAAUGCUAAUUUCACCUAAUACACACAUUUCUAAUGCAAUUUUUCCUAAGAUAACACAUUUUUGCAAUGUGAUUUCCCCUAAUAUAUGCAUUUUUAGGUGUACUUUAAUAUAUGCAUUUUUGUGCAUAUUACUGGGUUGGGGAGCUAUAUUGCCAAAAUUAAGAGAAAUGUGAAUAUAAAAAGAAUGGCUGUGUUUUGGUUUGCACACUGAUUCAGAAAGAAUGAUUUAAAGUUUACCUUUGAAAACAAACUGAACCAAUUUUCUUCUUGAUCCCAAAUUGAAACUUGGGAAGGGGUCCAGAAGGAUCUCUCCAACAAAAUUUCAAACAAAAUGGAUAGUCCAUGUACACUGAUGCACAUUGAGACCUGCCCAAUCAUAUAGGGUGUUUGCACAUAACAGUACAUUCAGGACUCAGCGCUGCUCAUGCAUGAAAAUUUUGUGCACAGCACCAUCAAUAAAAUGCUGUCUCAUUUUAUUUUCCCAUUUAAUCCAGUUUUACUGGAAAAUUUACUGGAAAAUUCUAUAGAUUAUAAAACAGCAGAAUCUAUUUUUCUAUAGAUUAAAAAAUAUUCACAGCAGAAAUGGUGAAUUUGAAUUGGGUGUGUGUGAUAUUUUGAUGAGGAUGAUGGUGAUGUGAAAAAAAUGCAGAUAUGAGAAACACGAGUCCACAAUGCACCGCUGUGUGGAAGUAGGGUCUGAAUUCUCAGAGGCUCCUAUGGACACAGCAACUUGGGUCUGAAUCCGGAAACAGAUUGGGGCCCAGGCAGGUAGCUCAGCAGCCAUCAUGGGGUGUCAGCAGUCACCCCCAAGCUCUUGGCGUAAACGCGCGGGGAUGAGGGCCCUCUGGCUCCUUGGCUGUGGGUCUUCUUCCUAUGCUGUAGGCACUGGGAAGCCCUUCAAAGGUUUCUUGGAGCCUGCCCUUUUUACAACAAAGCAGAAACAUUUUCUGAGGCAAAACAUUAAAAACAAACGCCGUAUUGUGUGCACAUGGAGCACAAAUAUUUUCAACUCCAAGUUUAGCCAUUGUCCUCCCCCAUUAUAUGUGUGUGUGUAUAUAUAUAUAUAUAUGCAUGUAUAAAAUAUUUAGUGUUAUUUUUCUAGAAAAAGAGGUACUGGAACAUCACCCUUGUUCUCUGAGUUCCAGUGAGUUCUGGCUGGAAAAAAGCCCUGUAUAUAUUUAGUAUUCUAAACCCCCUUAAAGGACCAUUUUGCCAAGAACGUCUAAACAAGGGUAUGUCUUGAGUGCUUUUCCGUUUUUUCCUUUCAGGGAAGCUCACCGUGAGUUGUGGUCCGAAGAGCUCCCCUCCACAUGGCUGCCACAGAACGCCAGGCAGUUGCAGGGGAUUCUGGGGCAUAUUUUAGGGGGUCUUCUCAGUUUGUGGGGGACGUAGCUGCCUGGCAUCUGGGAUAAGGCUGUUACCCUGCUUAAGCAGAAACCCACCCAGCAAUCUCCUGUGCUGCACACCACAGGGGGAAGAGAGGCGUGAUAUUGUGAGCAGGCUGCUUUUCAGAGGAGUUUGACAAUUAGUUAUCUCCCUGUUGAGAAACCCCUGAGUAACACCUGGGCUGUCAAACACGGUUUGAAAAUCAGUGUGUUAGGUUACCAUAGAGGCAUUUUAACUUGAGUUUGAGUUUCAUCACAAUACCGCCACAAGUGGGCUUCUUUUGUAAGCUGUAUUAAUUUAUGGCUAGUCCCACCCCCCCACCCCGGCCAUUAUGCGGGGGCUGCACAGAGCAAAUGAUUGCAGUGACCACAGGCCUUCCAGGAAACGCAAGCAGGAAGCUUUUUGUUUCCAUUUCUCUUUGUGAUUAACUGAGGUUUAUAUAUUACUCUCAUGAAAGCAAAGUUUUCCACUGUGGCCAAAAGGCUGCUCUCUCCAGAGCUUUUCAUAGCCCUGUGCCUGACUUUCAUCAUUAAAGAAUGCAAGCAUAGACAAUGUUGACUGUUACUUCAUUUGUAAAAAAAAGCUUAAGUUAGAAAGAACAGAUUGGCCAUUGCAGACAAAUCUCUUAGGCCAUGGCCUAUUUGAAAAAUCUGACCCUGGUCAAAAUCGCCUAAAUCUCUGGAGACUGGAGAGAGGAAUAAGUACAGGGCCAUGCAAAGAUAUUCUUGACUGUUCCACACCUUUUUCAAGGACUAUCCCGAUGGAGCUUACAGGCCACCAGUGAUUAGGAGACCAUCGUCUGAGGAUUUCUUUCCUCUAAUUCUUUUGUGGGGAAUGAACCCGGGCCUGAUGCAAGCAUGCUCCAAUGCGGAGAGCAGGGUUUGGAUGGCUGAGUCCAUUGCGAGUCACUCUCUCUCUGUCUACCCGCCUCACAGGGUUGCUGGGAGAGAGAGCACAGGAUGUGCCCCUGAGAGGAAAGACAUGGGAUAAACGCAUAGCAGAAUUCAGAGGAAAACUUCACCAAACUGAAACGCACCUAAAAUGUCUGCCAAGGUUUGCCAUGUCUAUUGCUGCAAACCUUCAUGAAUACUUCCAGUUAGACAUUUACAUUGAUGUCUGCAAUAUCUUCCCAUUUCAGCACAUCAUGCAAUUAAAUUAUCAUAAAACUUUGUGCUAAUGGCAGUGUGGUUUGUUUGUUGGUUUUUUUGCCAGAGGCAAUUAACUCUCUCAGAAGACACAAACUCCCUUUGCAUUUCUUGCUAAUGGAAACGGAUUUAAGCAGCUUAACUAUGCUUCAGAAAACUGCUAGUACUCAGUGUACAUGGUUGAAAGAAUCAUGUAUGAUGAUGUUGUUGAUGCUGACGAUGAUUAGAGUAUGUAAAAUAUUUUAUUCGUUUCUAGUUGAUGUUAUCUGGUCAUAAACAGAAUGGAUGGAUUGUUCUGUUUCUGGUCCAUGUCAGUUUUGCAUCUGUUCAUAAGUCAAUUCCAUCCCAUUUCUGCUUCAGUCUGCAGUUUAUUUUUAUUGCACAUUGUCUUUGAAUGUAUCAUACAUUUCUGAAUGCAUUUUACCCUAAAAUGCACAUUUUUCCUCUGCUUUUUGAGCUGAGAACCAGAAACAGUAACAGAGUUUGAUUCCACAUAUUAGCACGGGAGCAUAAGAACAUAAGAAGGGUCUGCUGGAUGAGGCCACUGGCCCACUUUGUCUGCCUUGCUGUUCUUAAAGUGGCCAACCAUAGUCCUGUGGGAAGCCGAUUCGCAGGACCCGAGGGCAAGAGCACCGUCCCCUCCUGUGGUCUCCAGCAAUGUGUGUUUGCUUACAAAAUGUGAACCCAGCAAAAUCCUUGAGCAUUCCUACAAAUAGAUGCAAAUGGAAAUGAGGCUGUAAGUGUUAUGUACUGAAGUUCUCACCCUGGGCCAGCAGGGGGAUAUGCAUAUGAAGGAUCGAAAGUGACGUUCAGUGAUUGGAUGGAUACUGUAGAUAGUUAUGCAAAUGAAGGAUCGAAAGUGACGUUCAGUAAUUGGAUAGUUUUAGAAAGUUGUUACAGUAACGUGGUACUGGAGCUCUAUAUAAGCAGGCUUACUGAGCCCUUCAGUUCAGUUCAGUUCAGUUCAGGCCUCAGAAUAAAGAGCUGCUUUGGAGAAAUCGCUGUGUCGUCUGAUAUGUUCACCCACAACUUAACAGUAAGAACACCUUGAAAUCCCAUUGGUGUUGCUGACUUUCUUAGCGCUAUAGUAGAAGGCUUUAGAAAACCUGUUCACCCUCUUUUUCGAGGGUAAAAGAGGGUUCACCCUCUUUUUCGAGGGUAAAAGAGGGUUCACCCUCUUUUACGGAGUAAUCAGCCGGUCCAAUGCACUCUCUCUGUCAAAUGAUAUACUUUCAUCUCUUCUUGACAUCCCGUAUUUUCUAUAAAUUCCAGUGCAGUGAAAGUGAAGUGAUGUCAAAGAGAAUAUCACUUUCUACCACCCAUGAUGCACCCUGCCCUUAUAAAUGAAACACAUUUGUUAUAAUUUUUAUACCAUGUCAAGCAACUUUUAUUUCUUCCUGUUGGAAAGUAUGCUCUUUUUUUAUCUCACCCUUGGAAGUUAUGAAUCAGAGAAAUCUACCUAAGUGCAUUUCCUUCCAUUGACAUCACGCUUAUUGAUGUAUUUUCUGAAUGCGCAGUUCUUGGCAGCAGGAAUUGUUAGUUAUGUUCAGCACUAAUGUAAGCACAGAAAAAAAGAUUCCUGCCACGACACAGUAAGAUUACAUUAAUUGGAAUGGUAAUGAUGUAUUGUUCUGCUGGACAACACAUGCAAUCUCAGUCUUACUCCUGAGCAUUCAUGUUUACCAUACUUAGGAGUAUUUUAUCUUCUUCAUGCUCACUGGGGAGGCCAUGUUUUCAGUUGUAAUCUUAGAUAAUUGCACGAGGCAUGCAGGAUUAGAUCAGGUUUUAUAAUGAGGGUGUAGCAGCAAAGGAGCUGAUGCUUUUAGACUGAAGAUAAGGAUUCACCACAAUCCUCAGCUGUGAAAUGGGCAGUCGGUAGCUGAGCUACAGAUAAUUUAAAGGCAGCACCAGGUCUUCUCGAAAGGUGUCUGCCUUUGUAAGGAGCACCAAGUGGGGACACACAAGGGGAGAGAGCGAGACGUCUGGGCAAGAGCAUUUGCAAUGAAGCUAAUAUGAAAGGGACACCAGGAAUUUAGGAUUUAUAACAGAUCUAUCAUCUGAGGAACAAAUGAUAAAUCCCUGAUAAAAUAAUAAUAAUAAUAAUAAUAAUAAUAAUAAUAAUUUUCAGUAAAAUUUGUAUACUGUUCUUCACAUGACAAUUCACAUGACACCAUAAAAAUACAAAAUAAAAACACAAAAUAAAUAUUAAAAACAAGAACAAAAACAAAGCAAACCAAUAACCGCCCCCCGUCACACAAACACAUUUAAAAGGACGUUGGAUGAUAAUCAGCCCAAGGCCUGCUUUAAGGGGAACGUUUUUGCCUAGUGCCUAAAGGUGUAUAAUGAAAGCACCAGGCAUGCCUCCCCAAGGAGAGCAUCCGACAAACGGGAAGCCACCGCUGAAAAGGCCCUUUCUUGUGAUGCUGCCUUCUGGACCUUCCAUGGAGGAGGCAGACAAAGAACGGCCUGUGAAAUAAUGUUCCAGGGUUCCCUUUCAACACCUACAAGUCCAGAGACUAGAGCUGUGCUCACACUCAAGCACAUUCCUUCCCUCAAAGAAUUCUGGGUACUAUAGUUUGCCCUUCGCAGAGCUACACUUCUGAGCAACCCUUAACGAAGGACUGUGCCCAGAAUCCAUUGAUGGGAAGAAUGUGCUUCGAAUGUGCUUUAAAGGUACAGCGUGUGCUGAUCAUCCCUUGUUGCUCUUCCUGCACCUCCCUUUGCUCUCCAACAGGUGUAGGAGCAGACCCUGCAAGAGGCCAUCCCAUGAUGCAGGAGCAGCCUGGAACAGCCAGCCUAGUUGCUCCUGCACCCUUCCACAGGGAGUGACAGUGUCCCCAGGGUUUUUAUUUUAUUUAUCCUUCAUAAAAGUAUUUCUGUGCACCACCCACUCACAUAAAAUAUCCAGGCAUCAUCUCUUUGGUAAGCAUCUUAAGCACCCGUGUGUGUGUGUGUGUGUGUGUGUGAAGGGUCGUGCAGGAGACCUGGGGCAGGCGGAGCAGAGCAGGGCCUUUCUUCAGUUAUGUCACACCACACACACACCACACGUGAAUGAUAUUUAAAGUGUCAUGCCAGUGUAUUGGCCCAAGAGGCACCGUUCCACCCAGCAGGUGCUGUGGCGUGAAAGCAAUGUUAGAAAACAAGACAGAAGUACAGUGGUACCUCGGUUUACAAACUUAAUCCGUUCCGGAAGUCCGUUCUUAAACCGAAACCGUUCUUAAACCGAGGUGCGCUUUCCCUAAUGAGGCCUCCCACCACCAUUCAGAUUCCGUUCUUAGACCGAGGUAAUGUCUGCAAACCUGAACACUACUUCCUGUUUUGCAGAGUUCGUAAACCAAAGAGUUCGUAAACAGGGCUGUUCUUUUUUAUAUAUAUAUAAUAAUUUUUAUUAAUUUUCCAACACAAAUAAACAAUCAUAUCAGAAUUUCCACAAAUUUAACUCUAUUUGGACUUCCUUCAGCUUCUCUGACAAUCAUCCAUAUUUGCCUCCCAGUUACGCAUUUCUUCUGUUUAUAUUGCCAUUAACCUUCCCUCCCACUUCUAUUUCUUUCAAACAAUAUAUCUCAACUUUCACAGUGCUUCUUGGAACCCCACUAGCGUUGUUUGCACAUCACACGUUCUUUUCAGAUAUUCAACAAAUUUCCCCCAGUCCUCGAUGAACUUUUGGUCUCGUAGAUAUCUGAUUUUCCCAGUUAGUCUGUCCAGGACUCUGAACAGGACUCUCAAAAUUUGCCACAUUUAUGAAGUACAUAAAUGGAACCCAUCACUUGCCUUAAACUUCUUGAUUGUAAAAAAGUGCAAACAAGUAAGAAGGGUGGUAAAUAUGGCAAAUGUCUUGUUCCAUGUACCAACCAAUCUUAUUUUGUAAUGCGGCAAUAAUGUAUAUAUUGGGGAAAUGCCUUCGACAACGCCAUCUUCACAGGUGCAAUGAGAAGGAAUGCCCACAUCUAAAACCAGGGGCAGAAUCUGCUGAAACAUCAGCAAAGUGGAUGUUUUCCUUAAGGGGAAUUUAUAGAAACCUCUGAUAAAAAUAGGAUUCAAAGCCACGUUUGACCUUUAUCAUAGCAGGCAGAUUUCAGAGCUGGCACGUUGCUCCAUCUCUAAUUGCGCUUAUGUAUUCCUGCAAAACCACCCAAGGCAUUUGUUGAAGGAAAACUAGGUUAGAGGCUUUAUUAAUGAAUAACGUUUUCAAGGGGGGGGGGGGAAGGUUUCCUUUAAAAGCUGAAUUGGGGAGGGAAAAGAAUCCUUUUGACUUUCCACUUUGCUACGAGAGGCUUCUUCUCCAAUCUCAGCGCCGGCCCCCUUCUGGGGCUCCGGGUCCGCCUGCCUCUCGCCGGGGGAGGCGCGCCGAGGGCGGCCGGGGCUCCGCGCGGCGCAGCUCCCACCGACGGCGGACAGAAGGCAGCGGGCCUCGCUCUUCCGGCAGUGGGCGCCGCCGGGCUCCUUUUCGGCCACCGCGGAAGCUGCUGGGCAGGGAGACUCGCGCAGAACUCGCGCGCGGGCGCGGAAAGCAGCCCGAUUCGGGGCGCCUUCCUGCCCGACGGUCCGCCCGAGACGCCGCCGCCUCCGCGCUUCUCGCGCGCCCCGAACAACAAAGGCGGCGGCGGCGGGCGGAGGGGCCGAGACACAAAGCGGCGGCGGCGGCGGUGGCGGCAGCGCCCCUGGGAGCGGGGCGGAGCCGCGGCCCGUGAGUCAGCAGCCCGCGCGCCGGCGGGAUCCGCCCCGCGGCGCCUGCAAGGCGAGCCCGGGCGCCGAGCAAGCAGCGAGCAGCGAGCAGCGAGGGACGGACGAGCGAGCGAGCGCGGGAAGGACCCGCCGCGCGGAGCCCGACACACCUUGGCGCCCCGACGGGCUCGGGCCGGAGGAGAGCGCGCCCCGAGGUGAGGGCUGGGCGGGGGGCGCGCGCCGGGCGCCGAGGUUCCCUCUCCAUCCCCGCUUCCUCGCGCCCGCCUCGCCUUUGUCCUCCUCGGCUUUGUCCGCGGCGGGAGGCUCGGACGAGGAGCCGCGCGGAGACCGCCCUGCUGGGAGAGCGGAGGGCGCUUUAGAGUCUCGGCGGAGCUUGCUCCUUCUUUCUUUCUCCCCCCGCCCGCCCGAGGCGCCUCUUCGCUGUCCGGCUUCCCCCGCCUCUGGCUGCGGCUUCCCGGCGGGGCUCCUUGGCGGGUCUCGGCGCGCCGGUCCCUCGGUGAGUGGGGCGGGGGCCCUUCAAUGGGCGACGCUUCUUGGCGACGGCGGGGCAGAGUGCGGCCCCUGCCCCCGGAGUUGUGCGGGAAGGCGACGGGGAUGACUUGGCCUGCCUAAAUUCAAUUGACGGGGGUUUUGUUUUAAUGCACAUAGCAGCGGUUUGGGCUUAAGCCCGAUGCGAAUCGCGAUGGGCGCGUGUGCGCUUUUUCCUUUUUGUACUUAUUUCGGAGCUUGCCAGUUGGUGUGGGAACGUGGAAUAAGAAGUGUUUAAUUCCAGCCUCCGUGUCGCGCCGCCAGUCCAAAGUGGCUGCAGAUGUUCUGCAUCUGGGGUACCGCUCUGGGGCCUGAGCUUUCGGCAACAUGGCAGGGAAUGCUGCCUCUGUGUCUGGGAUUUAGAACGACUGUAUGUGCGAGAGAGAAACUUUCCAUAAACUGUACACACCCCAAAGUGAACUGUAAUGGCAGAUAACGAAUUCUGCUGCCUUGCUUCCCGGAUGACGCUGAACUCCAACUCCCAUCUUCCCCAGACAUCAUAGCCCAUUGUCAGGGGGGAUGGGAGGUGGAGCCCGGCGAUAUUGGAGGGCCAACUCAGCUCCCUUGGGAAGAGCAGGGGGCUGAUAGCACCAAGGUUGCAGGUUCAAUCCCAGCUGCAAAUUCCUGCAUGGUGGGGUGGGGUGGGCUAGAUUAGCCUCAGGGUCCCUUCCAGCCCUAGAGUUUUCUCAUUCUGUAUGGCCUCCUAUGCCAGAAGAAGGGCAUUAAGCCUUUAAAUGUAAUCAGUGACUUGCAAGUGUUGCUUCACAAGGUUUGGAGCCGUGUCUUGUUGCUGCUGCCAGAGGGUAUCAGGAAUUCCCUGGCUGGGGGUCUGUUUAUCCGCUCCCUCAUUCCAUCUCCAGCAGCCAGGUGUGUUGUCUGGGCACUUGCAAGCAAGACAUGAUAGUGAUCUCUCCUAUCUGGUAUUCAGAUGCCCCUGAACUUGGAGGCACCACUGGGCCAAGGUGGCUGCUUGUCCCUUCCUAGACCUGCCCCCCAUGUUCCUCAAAUCUGCUUUAAAAAACUGUUCUGCGCACGUCUCCUUUGCAGUGUUUCCCAUAAAUUAGUUUUGUGAAGAGGAAACUCUUCUUUUGCAAUUUCUGAACCCGCUUCCAGUAAACUUUAUUAAGGGGAGUAGGAGUUCUACAACUGAGAAGGGAGGGAAAAGCUUUUUUCUCCAAACUGCUAAUAUGUAAUUUUAUAAAUCUGUCACGCCUCCCCAUACUUAGUUGUCUCGCUUCUCAAAACCAGAAAAUGUGGUCUUAAAAGCAUGAGUAAUCAUGUAAAUUCUUGCAAGUAUCUCACGUACCAUUUGUUUCUCUUUGGAAGUCCCCUCAACCCUUCUCUGUAAAAACCAAAGCAAUAAGGAUCAUUUCUGUCUGGGUCUCUCUCUGUUCUCCAAGAAGUGAUGUCAGCUGCUUCACUUGCUGAGCCUGGGAAGUCCACUACUGCUAUUGUGGGUUUAUCUAAAGUAUUUGAGCACUUUGGUGGCACUUACACCCCCAGGCCGCCUUUGCCUGGGGGCAUUUAAAGAAUGCAAAGGAAGGUUGGUAGAAGCAGCUGCUGGGCCACAAGGCAGGGAACUGCAGCAGACGUGGAGCCAAGUUGGAAGCAACCCGUAGGGGAAACGCGUGUCCUUCUCUUUCAGUUGGGGUGUUGCACGGAGGUUAAAAUUGUGAUGUGCAGUCACUUGAUUGGCCCAUUGAAUCUUCUUGAUCUCCCACCCCCUCUGACUUCUUGUAACUUUUAACUGUGCCUCUUCCUUCCUAACUGACAAGUGCUGGAGCUGGUUAACAUGGGUUCAUCCUGAAUAUUUUCGCUGCUUCAGGAGCCACUAACUCUAGAGGGCUUUGCCUGCAGCAACACCUGUUGCACUGGUAAGUUCAAAAGAGCAAAAAGCAACCUGUUCGUUGCUGUUCCGAAUACUUUUGGCCAUGCUGAGAAGUGAGCAUUUUGUGGCAAGCCAUUUGCGUGACAGCCUAAAAUUGUCUGAAGUGACUAUUAAAUAUUUGUCGAUACAUAGUUUUUGCUCUGUAUGCACACUGUCUAAUCUGCCCUUGGAAUAGUUGGGCUGACUUAGGUGAAGGUGUGUUUCUUCUGUUUUUAUUUUUAGUGUCAUGCAUAUAAGGUGUCCAGCGCUUGGCAGAGGAGUCAGAGAGCAGUAUUGUCUUACAGAGCCGGGUUCAGUGUACCUUUCGCAGCCGCAGCAAAAGAGGGGAUGGUCAACAAAGGCAGGAAAGGACCUUUGAAAGGAAAUCAAGUUUCUUAGUGAAGCAGCAGCUGGGCAAAGAAAGGAGGCUUGCGGGCUAAAUUAUGUGUUGCAUUUUGCACCCUGACUUUAACCAAUGAACUCAAGAAUGGCAUGCAAGAAAUCUUGCAGAGCAGGGUGGCUCUGCUCUUCCUCCCCAGUCAGGUGGUGAUACUCCUGAAUCCCAGAUGCUGGAAACCACGGCAGAGGCAGAGGCGGAGGCGGCUCGUGCCUUCGGGUCCUGCUUGCAGGUUUCCCCCAGGCAUCUGGUCAGCCACUGUGAGAACAGGAUGCUGGACUAGAUGAGCCCUUGGCCGGAUCCAGCAGACUCCUUGUAGUCCUGGCACCACUGCAUUUUACGCCUGCAAAACUUCUGUGAGUUAGAUUUAAGUUAAGAGGGAAGGGGCCAAGCCCAUCCCUCUGAGCUUCCUGGCUGAGUGGGGAGUUUGUGCCGGGGUCUCCUCAACGCAAGAUUUCUCCUUCUUGCCCUGCUUCAGCUCUCCUUGGACAUUGUCUACAAAUCUGCAAAGGUUGACCUCAAAAUGAGGUUUCCUUGGAAGCUGUUAUGAAAAAGCACAGUUUUGGACAAGACGUACUUGGCUUGGGAUGGGACUGUGACCAUAGGAGCAUGUUUGAUUCUUGAUGGCUGGAGUCACGAUGGGUAGGCAGCAAAUUUAUGGUGUGCCUUUAUUUCUUCCUCGUAGAACAAAGUGGCUGCCAUGAUGGGGCAUUAUUUUGUUUUGCUUUUGUUCUUGUUUUUAUUAUGUAUUUUGUGUUUUAUCUUGUAUUUUUAUGCUGUCCUGAGAUCUUCAGAUGAAGGGCAGUAUACAAAUUAUAUAUAUAAACACACACUUAAAUUAAGUUCUGUGUGUGUGAGUUACAAGUGGCACUUGGGGACACCCCUGCAGUGAAAAAGGAGUCUACCUUUUACCCUCACGACUGGAGUCCCUGCCACAUGCAUGCCUGCUGAUACAGAUAAAGAGUUCCCUCAAAGCCCCCCUUCAGGCAAACGCCCCCCUUGGCAGGGGGGGGCAGCUGCUCCCCCCAUCAAGUAAACAAACAAAAAUACUUAACUAACUGACCAAUGGUGUUUCAGACAGCUGGGUUCUGCCCCCCUGUCAGGAAUGCUGGCUGUGCCCCUGCCAGCUUGUUGCUUCUUCCUUCCUGCCUACAACUCUUCCACCAAUAAAUAAACUCCUUGGUGCAGUUCUCCUUAAGGCAGCAAGCCUUGACCUGGGCUGCACCACUUCAGACUCCCUUCCACAAAGGAUAAGGCUAUGGAGUAGCUCCCCUGUCAGGCAGCAUGCUGAGAAUCAUAGGUAGGAAGAACUCCAUUGCCUCCCAGUCCUGCCUGUGGGCUUUCCAUGGGCGCCUGGUUGGCCAUGGGGAGAUGAGCAGGUGUGUCUAGAAUGGUCCCUUGGCCAGAUCCAGAAGAAUAUCUCUAUUCAAAAAUACCCUGCAUAGCUGCAAACCAGGGAGAAAGUUCUCCAUCCUGGUCCCCAACAUGCUAGCAUUUAAUGUUCCAGCUGUUUUCCUUUUAAAUGUGAGCCCCCGCCCCCAGCCGUAGCGUGCAAACACAGGCACACACCCCCCACACACACCCGCAGUGAGUACCAGGCCUUGGUUCUGGCUAAAGGCACUGGUUUUAUAAGUAUUGUAGUCAUUCUGUGCCAGCAGAUGUGGGAUGAUGCAUGGGUCCCUCAGUGUCACCACUGAAGUCCUCUCCUUCAGUUAGAAGGUUUGGUUUGGGUCUAAACGAUGGGAAUGACACAGCGAUCCAUUCAUAGAGUGCCCUUUCUGUAUAAUAGCCGUGUGACCUCAUAUUUGCUUACUGUCCUUUGUUCUGCUGAAAAUUAAUAAAAAUCACAUUAUUGAAGGCAGGGUGUCAAGACGGGCAUCUGCUGGUACAGAGUGACCACAUGGGGCUCACGGUCCUGAGCUCACAGAAUGCUUGAAAAUGCAGGUGUUUUGGGAGUGAUAGAAUAGGCACCAAACAAACUAGGUUAGAAGAGGUUCACCACAAAAAGCUCAGCACAUUAAAAAGUUACAUUGAUCUUUAUCUUAUCACCAUCUUUCAAAAAAUAACAAAUGAAUGUUUGUUCCCUUGCCUCCGUUCAUUCAAAUGCGUCCAUCUCCCCCUGACAGCCUGUGCUCUCGCUGCCCUGCAGGCAGAUUGCAACCACAAACACACUGAACUUUGAAUUGCUGCAAUUGAGAUUAUUUUGCAGUGACUAGUUUUAUGAAAUAGUUAUGUGUUUAGGUAGUGCUGUCUUUGCAUUCCUUUUUAUUAAGGACUUUACAGUAAAAAACUAUAAAUGGGGAACAAUUCCGCAGCAAAAUGCAUUUUGUUUGUUUGUUUGUUUGGAAAGACAAGCCUCUUCCAGUCCCCUCUCAACGUAGCCAAGAUUGGCCAGUUAUAAUGCAGGUUCCACAAAUAUCAACUGAUGCACAUUAACCCAAGUCUUCCUAAGUUGUUUGGGACCUUUCCCAAUAUUAUUUACUCCCUGAAUUUGGACCCACAGGUGCUUCUCGCUAGUGCUUAUGCCAGCCCUGAAAAGUAGGCCAGUGCUGAGACCCUCCUUCGACAUUUGGUGGCAGGAGGCGAAGGAUGGAGGCUCUUAGGUAAGCCAGGUGACGCCAGGUCUGUGAGCUGUGUCUUGGAUUUGAAGACAGAAGGAAAGUUCAGGGGUAAAUACUAAAUCAAUACAUGAUAAAAGUGGGGAAAAGAAGUCUCUCCAUGGCCACCUUUUUGUUUUUGUUUUCCUCCAUUUUGGGGCAGCUAAUGUUUACAAACAACAAGGUGGCUUUUGCCACCAAACAGACGAGACUAAUGGAGCCUUCAGAGGGGCAGUUUUUUAUUCUGUGAAUCACCCUGAGAUCUUUGAUGAAGAUGUUCCACUUGGCCCAUAUAUUGUGUGUGGCACAAGCAUGGUGGAAAAACAUGAUUGCGGCUUGGUGUAGUGGUCAGAGUUUCUGACCAGGCCUGAUGAAGUUCUCUGUUCGAACUGUGGGCUGAGAGAGAGGGCCUGGCUCACCCUCUCUGGCAAGGUGACCGUAAGGAUAACGUUGUGUGGGUCCUACAGGCGCUGCCUUGAGCCCCUUGGAAGAAAGUUGGACUAGAAACAUAGUAAAUAAAAUUCAUAAGCCCAGGACUCUCUUCCUAUUACCAUCAGAGAGAGGAAACUUGAAUUCCAGUGUUGACUUCACUUCUCAGUAAAGUAAAACCUGAGUAUCCCACAUGUUCUCUUGACUUCCUUCUAGGUAGGCACAGUUAAGAUGGAAAACAGCAUGAUGACAAAUUCUUCUCAGUGUGUUUUAGAAGGUAGUGGAGAGAGUCUUCUGUAGGUUAGGUUUAUUCUCUUAGUUGUUUUGUCUUUGCCUAUUUUGCUGUUGUCCCAGGUCUUCAAUCCAGGCCCCCCAAAGAGCUUGGUUUGGGCUUGUCUGUUCUUCAACAUCGGGUAUCAUCAACAGGGCGGAACUGGGUUGCUGGCUGUCACAUCAGAUAAGGCUCUGGGGCCAAUUUGCCCUCUCUGCUGAAAAAAUUCAAGAACCAGUUAUGCAAAACCAGCGAGUUUUAGGCACACCUUUAGAAACAUGUCUGCAUAAUCAUUGUUCCAGGUAACCACAGUCAGGUUGCUAUAGCAUUGCCAUGGUAGCCUGUUGGUGCCUGUAAUUUCAGUGGGAAAAUCUAGCCAUUCCUUUUCUGAUCAAUACUGUUCUUGGGGGGAGUCCAGCGCAUUAUGGUAGCGAUACUCCUUGAAAGACGGCCUCUAUCUGUCUUACUCUAGUGAACCCUGCAGAGCCCAUAACCUUUUGUCAAGUGCUGGGAGCUGGAGGGCUCAGAACAGAGUGCCUUCCAUGGAGAAGAUUCCUGCUGCCUGCUAUCCAGUCUAGAGGCUGAGGGUGGAUGGGAGACGUGGGAAGGGGGAAUUCCUCAGUGGAGGAUGCCUCUGGGCACGAGCCACACCGCCCAGGUCAUGCCGCAAUGUUUUGCUUGGACUGAGGCCGCCAGCAGCUCCCUGCAGAGGCACUUGUGGGACGGGGGAUUUGGUAAGAGGAGGAGGCGGCGAGUGUGAGGCUGCAGCAAUCAAAAAACGGGGUGGGGGUGGGGGAGAGGAAGUGAGGAAAUUUAGCCACCUGAGUGAGGCAAGGGGGGAGGCUGGAGAGUUGUGACAGAUCUUGAAGGAGAGGAAAAGGAGAUGUUCCUGCAACCCCCCCCCCCCAAAUGCUGUGGUCUUCCUCCUCUCCUGCCAGGCCCUCUGCUGAGCCAGAAAGCAUCUCCUCCCUUCUGUGGGGAAGAUAAGACGCAGGAAGGAAAUUUAGAAAGAGAGAGAUGGUUCGUUGUUUUACUGAUAAUAAACUUGGGAGUAAGGGAGGGAUUAAUCAAAUUGGCUAUUGGGCUUUCUUUUAUUGAUUGAGUUUCUCUUUGUGCAUCUAAAUGCGGGUAUGAAAGAAGAAAUUAAUCAGCUGUGUAUCAUGUAAUGGCCUCCUUGGCAUAGGCUUCCGACUAGGAGGAAGACGGGGCUGGAGAGGGAGGAGGGAUGGAAGAAACAGACAGUUUGCAGAGAGCAGCAAGGAGAUACAGAGAGAUAAGGAAAAGUCUUUGCCCUCUGAAACAAAAUCUGCCUAAAAUGGGAUGUCCUGUGUCAACAUUUUGUGAUUGGUGGGCCUCAGUAGUUUUUUAUCCUUUCGAGAAGACUCUGGGGUAAGGGAAUCUGAGAAAACCGACCUUAAAGUAUUGUUUGCCAAGCAUGCAAAUAAGGCUGAGUUGAAGCUUGGGGUUGCUGUUUAGCAGCUGCUGAUGUCAAAUGGGAUUGACUGAAUGCUGACCCCCCCCCAAAUAAUAAUAGAACAAGACCCUCGUUUAGUGGCAUGUGACUGGGCUGCAGUGGACUCCUAUGUUUCUCUCUUUCUCAGCACAGUUGCAAGAAGUUCAUACGCUUGGCCUUCUAGUUUAGAUUGAAGCUUGCUGGGUUAACCUAACCAUAAACUGUAGUUUAUCUGUACUAUGGUUUGUUUUGAACAAGCCAACUUCAAUUCAUGGGUUAUGAAGCUGUCCUGCUUGAAAAAAACAAAGUUAACCACAGUUUAGCACGUUGACCAGAUCCUUCACUGUGGUUAACCAAAGCUGCUGGGAUCCUAUGCAGAGAGAUGAAGGGGAGGGGAGCACAGGAGCCCAAACCUCACUGUAGCUUGUCUGCAUCAUACUAAAUGAUGGUGGUCAUCGCCUCUUCCCUUCUCUGCCUCCCCCCUCCAAAAAAACAAAACAAGGGAGAAAUUGUGUGAUUACCUUAUUCAGCCCUUGGAGUGUGGUGUGUGGAGAAAUUUUAUCUUGGAAGAAAAGUUGCAGGAUAUCAAGACUUACUUUGCCCUUUAAAGAUUUGGACAGAAUCUCGCUAUCACCCAUGUUAUCAACAAAAUUUUAGGAGAAAACGAACAGGAAAGUAGGCUGAUAAUAUAUGUACUUAACACUCUCCCACCACUCCCAGGAAGGUAUUUCGUAACUCCAGAAAAGGUUCUCCCUUUUCAAAAUUAAAUAGUGAAUUUCUUUAAAGGUCCAACAUUGGGACCAGCUUGGAAGUUGAGAUGAGUUAACAUUUCCCCACAUUAAAGAGUUUGAGUUCUGCUUGCUUCCUACAUUUGAUAACUAUCCCAUUUGUGCCCAGAAGUUUGGAGUCUAAAGGCGGCACAAGAAGCACAGUGGAGCCAAGAGCUCUUGAAAGCAAACGGACUUGAAAAGCUUAAAGGUAAAGGACCCAUGGAUGGUUAAGUCCAGUCAAAGGAGACUAUGGGGUUGUAGCGUUCAUCUCGCUUUCAGGCCGGGGGAGCCGAUGUUUGUCCACAGACAGCUUUCCAGGUCAUGCGGCCAGCAGGACAAAAUGCUUGUGGCGCAACAGAACACCUUGACGGAAGCCAGAGUGCACAGAAAUGCUGUUUACCUUCCUGCCGGAGCGGUACCUAUUUAUCUACUUGCACUGGCGUGCUUUUGAACUGCUAGGUUGGCAGGAGCAGGGAUACAACAACAGGAACUCACCCUGUUGCGGGGAUUCAAACUGCUGACCUUCUGAUCAGCAAGCCUGAGAGACUCAGUGGUUUAGACCAUGGCGCCACCUGUGUUUGUCUGGUAUUCAAAUAUUGGUGUUGUUUUAAUGCAAUAGUUUUUAGAUAUGUUUUUUAAAAGCUAGCACCUUAAUUCAGUAUCUUCCUUCACAGCCUUUCUUGUUCUUUUUUGUAAAAUGGUAGAAAUACAGCUGCUUAAAACUAUUGCAGUAAAUGACCAAUCAGUAAUAUUAAUUAAUAUGUUUGAUUGAUUGUGGGUUUUUAAGAAUUAUAUUGUAACUUGCCCUGGGAUCUUACCGUGAAUGGAGGGCUAAUAAAUAGUAAUAAAGAAGCCUCAAGGCUGAAGUGAACAAAUACAUUCAGCUGAUAUUUAGAGGACGUUUUCUGGCAAAGGAAAAGCAAGGCUAAAGCUGUGGUGCAGUUUUCCUGUGCUCAGGAGAUCCUUGCCUUCCAGGGCCUUUGCAGGUACGGCAGAGCCCUUCAGAGAGCAGAAUACUCUCGACUUGGGUGUGGCCUGGAGAACCUGAACACCUUCCUACAGCCAACAGUGUAUUGGUAUGCAAAGCUGUUGUGAGGUGAAUGGGGAGUUCUUCACUUGUGAUGUAAGAAUUUCCAUUACAGUGCAGAGAGAUGGACAUUGAGAACCAACUAAUCUGGCUUCCAAACUCCCAGUUGACGUGCCCAGUAUACCUGAUAGAUGUUAAAAACACAAAAUAGUAGUGGUGAACAAUCUCCUCUUUGCAACCUCGAGCAAUUCAAUACACAUAGGAGGGCUGCUAAAUGAGUUUGGCAGUUCAUAUAGACCAGGCAGUGCCAUCCAUCCAAUAUAUUUUUAGAUUUCCUUAUGAGAAGACAGACUCCGGAGGAUGGAAUGGACCAGACCAGUUGUGGGUCCAGUACUCAAGAAGGCAGUUUCUGCAUGUGCUGUAGAGGGAAGUGAAGGGCAGGCGAGGCUUGCCAAUGAGAAGGAAAACUCUGACCCUAAAGCGCCCCUGCCUUGCGGGAUAUCUUCAGGAGAAGAAAAGGCUCAGGAGUAAACCCUACACAAAUCUGGGGGGGGGGGUCCUCAAUAUGGUUAGAUGGUGCCUUGUACGCCUCUUUCCGGCAACUCCUGCAGCAAAGCUGGUGUCGAAUGUCUUGCUCUGCUUUCCUUUGGAUCACAUCAAUGAGGCCAAAAGAGGGCGGUUGUAUCAUCUGGGCAGCCCAGGACCUCCAGGCACAAUGCCCAGGCUUGCGCCCUGGGGAGGUCACUUUGGCACUGCUAACACAGAGGUUUGACUUCACCCCUGGAGGCGCACUCCAUUGUGCCUCGAAAAUAUGAAUGGUGUUGCCUGGUAUUGUUGAGUGCAAAAAAUCCACAAAAACCUUAGUGAUGCAUUGAGUAGAAUUUAAUUUAAAAAAUGCAAAUAGCUCUGUGUUAAGGAAGGACCAUAGCUCAGUGGUGGAGCUUUUAGCAUGCAGGGCCGUGGUUCAGUCCCCGGCUUCUCCAAGUGGGGCUGGGAAAGACUCCCUGUCGGAAGGCCUGGAGAGCUUUGCCAGUUGCUGUAGAAAACUCGGCUAGAUGGAGUGGUGGGUCUGACUUGGGUUAAGGAGCUUCUUAUGUUGCUGAGAGGCAUUCUCAGGGUUACAGCGAAGUGCUUGCGUCUUCAGAAAGCCUGCACACUACUCAACUUCCUCAGGGGUUAUGUUCCAGGGAUUGCACCUGAAGUCAAAAUUGCGUGUAGUCAAAACACAUUGGGUGGGAUUGCUGAUGCCUUUUUUUUCUGGACUGCCUCCCCUUAAUUUUUUUAUAUUUUUUAUUGCCAAGCAUGUAAAGCUGAAUGUGCACAAGUUAAUUGCGCCUAAGUUGCGGACUUACUAGAUCAUUGUUUGCCCAACUCUCCAAAUACAUAAGCAUCAUAUCUGCUUUGAUAGCUUACAUCCUGUUGUUUGGCCAAUUAUUACAGGUCCCGAAGGAGACUUGCAGCAUAAAAACAGUUGUAAAAAUUGAAAUAUUGACAGUCAUAAAAUAACAAAGUCUAUAAUAACAUCAACAUUGACAACCAUAAAACAAUGAAGUCUACAAUAAUAUCAACAGUCACAUGAUGGGCUUUGCAGUGAAAUAAACCUUUCUAGCAAUCUGGCUUGUCUAUGUGGCUAAAAACUAGCAAUGAAGGUGCCUAAUGAAGAGCUUCCAAGAAGAGAUCCCAUCACAGAGAGGCCUUGGCUCUUUGUUGACAUCACAGUAACCUCUGCAAAUUGAGGUACUAGGGUAAGUUAGGAGACCCGCUCCAAGUGUAUGGGGCAAAGAAUGUCUUAUGAGGGAUUACCCCACCUGGUCAACCAAGGCCUAAAGCCAUUUUUUGAAAUAUAAAGGCGGGAGCCACCACCUUGAUUUGUGCACGAAUGCCAGCUAACAACGGGUGAAGCUCUGACUGCACUCUUGUGAUGUGCUUUUCCUGUGCCCAGUGAACAAGUUGAAGCUGUGGACGCGUUUAUGAUGGGAACUGGAACAGUUGAGUCCUUGGCACCAAGGCAGAGACACUCGCUCAUUCAGGGAGGCAGAGUGCGGAGGAUGAGUCCCUGCUCUGUCCCAAACACCAAGUGCAGAUGAUCCUUAAUGAUUGUAUUCCAAACUCAGCAAUCAAAUACGCCUGAAAUAUAUAAAUCUUUACCUUUAGAUCAAUCUUCCUGUUUUGUGUGUGUUUUUGCUUUGCUGCCAGACUUGAGGAGAGCUGAAACAAGAAGAGUUUGCAGAAAUUAAAGGUCAAGAAAUGAGGGAAUUGGGCAGACCGUAGCUAGCUUCCUGGGAUUGGUGAUAAGGCAAAGUACUGCAGAUACACUCUUGUGGAGGAGGCAGGACUUCCUGUAGUGUUUUAAACUUUGGCUUGGACUGUGAUUUCUUCCACUCCCACCCUAAAAAUGGAACAUCAUGUUCAAACUGUCAUUUAUUGGGACCCUCUUUGCCCCCCCCAUGUUGGGUAAAAGUUUCCUGCAUUGCAGGGGGUUGGGCUAGAUGACCCUUGCGGUCCCUUCCAACUCUACAAUUCUAUGAUUCUGCCCCCACAAGCAAAAGGACCGAGGAAUGCUGACCCAAGCUUGUGUUGUCCUCGCUGGGGAAGAGGGAGGGAGAUACAGUGGUACCUCCGCUUCAGGUUACAUACGCUUCAGGUUAAAGACUCCGCUAACCCAGAAAUAGUGCUUCAGGUUAAGAACUUUGCUUCAGGAUGAAAACAGAAAUCGUGUUCCAGCGGCGCAGCGGCCGUGGGAGGCCCCAUUAGCUAAAGUGGUGCUUCAGGUUAAGAACAGUUUCAGGUUAAGUAUGGACCUCUGGAACGAAUUAAGUACUUAACCUGAGGUACCACCGUACCUUGGCCUGACCAGCUGUGUGAGAGAUGCAGCCUGAGGAGUGGGGGUGGGAUUGUGAACUGUGUUACAAGUGAGGUGGGAAACCUCUUAGGUCGGGGUGGGGGGGUGGAGGGACUCGUUCUUCCUCUAGUUCCAUUGUCAACUGCAUUGUUUUGCAGCACCUCCUCGAGUCCUCUGGUAACUGCUGCUGUCUGUCUGCUGGCAUGGCAAAUGUUCCUUUUUUCUGCUUUCCUUUUUGUGCAAACCGUUGCACUAGAUUGUUUUUCUUGCUGCUGAAGCAUUCCUCAGCCUAGAAAGGAAAUAAAGAAAUAAGCCACAACGGCAAGAUAACAUUAAUUGACCCACCUUCAAGAAUUAUACAUAGAUCAACAGUUGCAUAGAUGGUAAGGAAAUUCUGGGCCGCUUCUGCUUGGCUCUGAGAAACAGGAAACAAAUGUGGUGGUUUUCCUGUCAAAACAGGAGGAGGAGGGUGUGAGUGUCAUACAAAGCAGGGUGCUCAGAAAGGAGGGAGUUUUGUGUUUAGAUAUGUGCACAGCCCUCUUAAAAUGCCAAAGGUGCCUGUGUUCCCUGUUGGUUGAAGGUGGAAGGAGAUUGUUAAAGAGACAUAGGUAGUGGAGGGGAGCAGGGCAUUUCUUAUUACUCCUGAGGUACAACAGUAGGGAUCAUUUAAAAAUCAAACUCCCAGCUGUGGUAUGCCCUGCUGGGAAGUAACAGACCAAAAUUGGGGGUGUUUGUGAUGUAGACUUCAUUCUCUUGAUUAUUAUUUUUUUAAACCAGUGUGCUUGCAGCAAAAGGGAAAUGCAUUGUCCUGGCAAGAGGUGGGCUUGCAGAAUUUAAUGUUUCCCAAAUGUGUGAAAGGAAAAAGACAUGUGUCUCUCUCACACACCGGCCCUAUAUUAGAAGGAUCCACACUUGUUUGUCACCCCUGGACUGCAUUGUCAAAGUUUCAUGUAUUUUAAUCACCUCAAAUGUCAAUUGCAGGCCAUCGGUCUUAUCACCUCAAGAGCCAUAGAUCUGUUCACCAAGGUUGCCCUGACUUAGCAUCUCUUUCUCUCUGGUGGGCAUGAAGCUUAGUUGAGUAGAAAGGAGCCUCUCUGCCCCCAUGGAAGCCAGGCAGGAGGACCAGCUCCUUCCCACAGUAUCAGUGGCUGCUCAGUCUCAGCAGCUUUGAAGCUCAGUGUGCUAUCAGGCGAGUGUCCGUGAGCGGAGAUCUUGGGCUGGCUGCAAAGGCUGGCUAAAAAUUGGGGACACUUGUCCAUUCAAAUGAUUUGCACAUUCCCUUCCAUCAUCUGUUGAAUGGUGGAUUAACAGAAGCAUCUGUUGGAACCAGUCUUCCAGGCUUAGUUCUGAAGUGCUGUAGUUCAUACAGUUUACACACAACUUGUCCUGAUGUAAUUGAAAGAGGAGGUUCUGCACUGGAACUCUCCGUUCAAGUGACUUUGCUUUUGGGAUCAUUAGACUGCUGCCUGGGUGAUCAGCUUGCAGCAUUAACUAGCCCAGGCAGUUUGGGUUGGGGCUUGCACUCCUAUACAGGAGCAGGAGGACCUGCAGGCCUUCUGUGGACCUUCUUCCUGCCUCUCCCGUGCUGUGGCCUGUUCCAUAGAUCGGCAGACUGAGGCGAAAGCACCCAAAGCAUCCUGGCCUACGCUGGUAUGAUCUGCUGCUUUGGGCAUGUUGCAGCCUGUUUGUAAACACAGAUCAAGGACUACUGAAAGACCAGCAAUAAUGGAUUGUCUGGAGAAAUUCCAGGAUGGAUUGUAGAAUGGGCAUGCUCCUCUUCUCCACUGGUCUUCAGAGUAAAUCCCAUUCAAAGAACAGAAUAGUUUUUUAUUUUUUUAUUUUUUGCAGUUCUGGAUUUUAUGUGUAUUGGAAGGAUUGUAUUUUCCGCAAGACAUAAACUGAAUAUAUUUGUGUGGAGGAUAUAGGAGAAGGCAUUGGGGCCAUUGGCAAUACUUUAUUCUUCAGCUUAUGGGGCUGCAGAAGGGACUGAGUGCCCUAUGCUGUUAGAUAUAUUUAAGUUAUGCUUAUUUUAAGUGUUCAUAUGUAAAUAAUUCAUAUUCCUUUGACCUGAUUUUCUGGCACUGAAAUUGAAUGGAUACAGCCCAGCACUUGACUAAUGGAAAAUUCAAAGAAAAUAGUUGAUAUCCAUUACAACAGAAAUCAUGAAGCGCGACAAAGUUAAGUGGUGCAAAGAAAUGCCCUUUUAAAAAGUGGACAGAAAACUCAUUGCCUGUUAGCUGAAAGCCUUGACUGUAGCUGUAUUUUCACAAGCCUUUGUGCCUUGUGAAAAUGGUUCCUUCUCAACGUGCCUGAGCAAGACCUGAUCUCUCAUGCCAGUAGAACCCAGGGACUUAGUGCUAUGUGUGAACUUGACCAGGCAGCUUAACUGGGUUUUUUCGCUGCCAACAAAACAAAAUCAGAUGCUGCCAUUUGUUGCUGACUUAUCACCACUGGUUUUGUCUGAACUAUGGCUUAGCACUACAUGUGAAACCAGCAGCCAUUCUUCGUGAUGGCUGGUUUGACCAGCCUACUCUGGACGCUCAAGAAACUAUAAGACUAGCUGGAAAACAAACCAAACUUCGAGGAAACAAUCUAUAGUUUGUUUGAUCAUGCAUGGGACAACGCAUGGCUGCCACAUAGUUUGUCAAGCAAACCACGGUCUAUGGUCUAGCGUGUGUGAGCCGGGUCAUAGCAAGGUGUCGGACCACCUAGGCCCAAGAUGCCUUAAACAUCUAUAUGAGUCUGACUGGGUGAGAAACCCUUUUGUGUCUCGUUGUUGGUGGAGGAUUAUAGGGAGGCCACGAGAGAGGGACAACCUUCUCCUCUCCCUGGGGAAGUCAUCAGUCUCCUUUCCUGCCUGUCUUGACCUUUUUGUUCUCCGCAGUCUUUGGCUGUUGAACCAUAUCACUAUUGAUUUUUGUGUAAUGUACUCAUAGUGAAAUAAAGUGCCUUCUGGGCCACAUUACAUGAGCCAGUGCUCUUUUCUCAGGAAUGCACUUGUGCUCAGAGUGUGUGAGUGCGCAUGUGCAGGCAGACACACCACUGGUGCAGUGUAGGCUUAUAGCUGCAAUCCUGCUCCCCUGAUCAUUCUCUCUGUUCACCUUCCUUCACGUGCACAGUGUUAACCUUGUACUUCGCCCAUUCUUGAAUGUACCUUUUGCAUGAUAAGAAAUCAUUUGGAAAAUCAUUUGGAAAUGCCCAUUUUGUGUGUGUUUCUUCCAAGGAAUGUGUGAUGUAUGUUUUUCUCCUGAGUAUUUGUGGAGGACUUGCAUUCUGCGUCUGUUCAUGUUCUUCCCAGAGAUAAAUAAUUCCCCUGGUGAAUCUUGCUGCCUCAUGUACUUCCAUUCGCCCGUAUUCCAGACAGGAUGAAAGGAACACUUGGCUUUCAAGGCAGUCUCUCCCUUUGACUGGGAGACCCGGAUCAGAGGUUUCUGGAGUUGUUAUAAGCAAGAGAGGUCUCUGCAUCAAAGUGCCUGCUAAGAUAAGACUGGGCAUUGUUGUCUCUGAUUGCAACAAAGUCCCUGGUGAAAUGCUGCUUGCAAUCACUGAGUAACAGCAUCCACUCGGAAGUAAGUCCUCCUUGAAUUCAGUUGGGUUUACUCCCAGGUAAGUGAGGUAGGAUUGCUUAUUUUGGUGAGCAUUUGUUUUCCUUUUCCUUUUGUACUCUAACACGUUGCAAGCAAUACUUUGAGCUACUCUGUGUUAAUCUUGAGAUCCAACAGACAGACAUAGGUAAAGGUAAAGGUACCCCUGCCCAUUCGGGCCAGUCUUGCCAGACUCUAGGGUUGUGCGCUCAUCUCACUCUGUAGGCCGGGAGCCAGCGCUGUCCGCAGACACUUCCGGGUCAUGUGGCCAGCGUGACAAGCUGCAUCUGGCGAGCCAGCGCAGCACACGGAACACCAUUUACCUUCCCGCUAGUAAGCGGUCCCUAUUUAUCUACUUGCACCCGAGGGUGCUUUCGAACUGCUAGGUUGGCAGGCGCUGGGACCGAACGACGGGAGCGCACCCUGCCGCGGGGAUUCAAACCGCCAACCUUUCGAUCGGCAAGUCCUAGGCGCUGAGGCUUUAACCUACAGCGCCACCCGCGUCCCCACAGACAAACAUAGGUCUUACCUAUUGAAUUUUUAUUGGAAUAAUAUUCUGAGUACAGAAAACUUAAACCUGGUUGUAAGGAGGAGGUGGCAGAAUGAGGAUGGAUUUAAAAAUCUGGCAUUGGUUAGAUCUCAACAUUCUACCCUACCCAAAUGCCUCCGUCUCAAAUAUGAUCUAGUGUGGGAUUCCUUAUCUGCCUACACCCUUUCAUCCAAAAACCUAGACUUCAGUAAAGGUCAUUUACUGUCUAGACUAUAAUAGUUUUAUUUCAUUUGUUACAAGCCCAUAAACUACCGUAUUUUUUGCACCAUAACACUCAUUUUUUUCCUCCUAAAAAGUAAGAGGAAAUGUCUGUGCGUGUUAUGGAGGGAAUGCCUACGGGUGGCAUGCCUACGGAUUUUCCUCCUCUAAAAACUAUGUGCGUGUUAUGGUCGGGUGCGUGUUAUAGAGCGAAAAAUACGGUAGUUACUAGUUUUGCUGCCCACGCAUAUCAGUUGUCAGAACGACAUGUUCCUAAGCUUCGCUGCCAGGUAGGACUGUCUGUCGUGAGGACAUCUUCACUUGCAGUCGGUGGGAGUCUUGCAUUGUCAAGUGCUAAAGCCUCUCGGUUGUGUUUAAACCAGAAAACUUUGUCAACGAAAUGCUAAAGCCUCUCGGUUGUGUUUAAACCAGAAAACUUUGUCAACGAAAUGCUAUGUUUAUUAAAUGCAAUACAUUAAUGGUUCCCUUUAAUUAAAAGUGGGGCAGCAUAUCUGUAGGAAAGCAAAGCUGAAUUAUUGGAAGGUGUACUCUCAUCGGACCUUGUGUGUUUUCUUUUUCAUUUCUACUUCCUGUCUUUGCAUUUUGCUCCAAGGUUUUUGCCUUAAGGUGGUUUCUGAAGCUCUUCAGAAACUUUUCUGAUUCUGUAAACACUCUAUAAACACACAAAUUAACUACUGGGAGAGCCGAUAAGAUGAGAAGAUAAGCAGCCAGAUUGGAUGUUUAUGGCUGCUUUUUGGCAAGUAACAUACUACAGAUGCUGAGAAGGAAGGUGGGAAGGAUUUGGCUUUUAUCUUGGGGUGUCACUUAGAUGAUGAUGGGGCUUUAAUUGGUGGAAGGGAGAAGGAAGCAGUUUUUGGUUGUUCUCCUCCACUCCUCGUCUGCUCUGGAGGGUCCCUCAACCUGGGAUUAGGAAGGCUACAGCAGGAAAGACAAAUUGCCUUGUUUUCAGCUGGGCAACGGCUGUUAGAUAGAACCCUCUGUCUUCAACUUGCUCUCUAUUUUAGGCUAAUCUUCUUGCUUUGCUGCACAGACCUGAUAGAUCUAGUUACAGGUAGGUAGCUGUGUUGGUCUGCUGUAGGCAGAAGAUACCUUCUUCUGAUCUUCUUCUUCAGAUAUUCUGAAGAAGUGUGCAAGCACACGGAAGCUCAUACCAAUGACAAACUUAGUUGGUCUCUAAGGUGCUACUGGAAGGAAUUUUUUUAUUUUGUUUAGACCUGAUAGAGAAUGACUUCCUGAAUAAUUGCUGCCCUGUAGCGCUAUUGAAAAGCAUUUGCUUGAUAAGUGAAUGAGAAACCUAAUUAAGUUGAUGUGAAGUGUUAUGCGUGCAGCUUCCAUCUUUUGGAUUUUAAAAUCUACAUGUCAAAAGAUAGUCAGGGCCGUAAAGCAGAUAAGGGCACAGGCGUGGGCAAGCUGAUCUGUUCCGUUGUUUCAUCCAUGAACUCUGAAUGGGAUCCCAGAUGCACAGAGGAAGGAAUGGUUAGGGUCAUUUCCCAUAAUCUGACGAUCUAGCCAUCCCAAGUUAAGAUUUGAUGCUUAUGAGUUUCUCACAGCGCAAUUCUAAAAUAGUUGGUCAGAAGUAAGCCUCAUGGAGUUCAAGGAGUCUUGUAGUAUGUGUGUAACAUUGGAAAAGUAACCUGCAUGUGCAGAAAACUUGCGCUUGGGAAGCUAUGGUUGCGUUUAUGUGAAGGAGGGGGAAGGGGUUUAAGAGAGAGCAAGAGAGCGCACAUUUUUAUUGCAUACACAGUGGAACUGUGGUUGUCAACAUAUAUAAAGUGGGGCUGCUUUAUUCCACAUACUUUUUUUGUUCAUUCCAAAAUAGUCUAAUUAUACUAAAGAGAGGCAGCUAGUAUUGAAUUAAAGACCUUUCACCUGAUACAAGGCUUCCUAAAGUUGGUGAUGGAAAGAGAUGGAGUUCAGUUAAUUUCUAAGUGUAAUGGGGACUAUGUGAGGAGACAGGAAUAAAUGUCUGGACUCAUUCAAAUCCAUAUUGGUUUUCAGAGCCCAAGAACAAUUAGAUUUUUUAAGGUUGGAAGCAGAUAGUACAUUUUAGAGUUGUAAGAGGCUUCAUUCCCAAUGUACAGGCACACUAAUUUUGUUUCUUUAUUGCCUUUCGGUCAGGAGCUCCCCAACACCACUGUUGCUUGACCAACUGCAAAUUGCUGAGGUCUUGGUGGAGCAUUUCAUGAUUUUUCUGUCUGUUGUAACAGUUUUAAUGCACUGCUCUAGAUGUUGUCUGGUUUUUAAUUCCAUUUUUACCGUCAUGCUGCAGACCGCCUGAAUGAGCAGAGCAGAGUUUUGGGACCUGAGCUGUAGGCUAACCAAAGUUGGUUAACCAAAGUUGAGACAAUACAAAAACAUACGGAUCACAUUGUGCCUGUUUCGUACCUGAUGUUUUUGCGUUGCUUGGAUGUGUGAGCCAUCGCUUUGGGCGUUGCAGUAAGAAACGCCACACUUUCUGGUGGAGUCUGUUAAUAUGUUCAGUUUAUAAGCCAACCAUCGAGUGAGUUGUCUCUCUUCCCUUGAAUACUGGCAAGGUCAGCACCUUCAAAUGGACUAAUCUGCCUUCUGAAAGUUGAGCUCAACACUCCACUCUGUUCACAGAGUCUUUCCUGUAGAUUUUGGGUUAGUGUAAAAACAAGGCUGCAAAUGGGCACCAGCCUGAGCAAAGGUGACCUCAGUGCCAGGAGGUUUUUCUAAACUGGAAGGAAAUUGGUUCUGUUUUUCAUCUUGGUUCUGUUUUUCAUCUUAAAAUGGCCAGAAUCGGGAAAUGGGUUUUAUGUAUCCCAUCCUGGAAUUGUUCACUUGAUGAAGGUCUGAAAUCCUUUUAAUAUAACAUUUGGAAGGGGGAGCAAUCUAGUAGCUGUUGUGGAUGAUUAGCAAUUAAAUUAUUUGCCUUAAAUGGUUCCCGAGAAAGACCUAGCGCAAAAACCUUUUGGGGCCAUAAUGCCUUGGGCUCCGAAGGAGAGCCCUGCUGGACCCGGCCAAAGGCUCCUCUAGGCCAGCCUCCCGUUCUCACAACUCUCCCCUCCUGCGUUCCCCAGCAACUGCAAUGCAUCAGCUCACGUCUGGACAAAAAGAUGCACACAAAAAGACUGCGCACUCAUGUUGAGAGGUCCCAUGUGCCCUCGGGAGGGAGAAAGGGCUAUUUCUGUUUUCCGUGGUAUGAGCAGCCACUGCCCAAUACAAAGGUCAGCAGCAAACGCUGGUGUGGUGGUCUUAUUUCCUGGUAAGAAAGGGGAGGAUUGUGCCAUGGAGACAUUGGAACGCACAAACCUCCAGGGACAUCUGACUGUGGGAACUCUUUUGCCAGUGAGUUUUAAGCCAUCAAAGCUGGAAAAGUUCCAGCCUGUGAAAGCUCUGCCCCGUCAUCGGUUGAGCAUCUCCCGAGAUGGUUCAGAAAGAAUUUCCCCAUUAGCCUCUGCAGAUAUUUUACAUGUCAGUGGUUCAUAAAGGGCUAAAGUAAUUAGAAAUGCUCCUUGCUGUGUUUUUGUAAUCUUUCCCUUACAGAUGUUACGACUACAGAGGAUAUCAGAAAGCAAAUGUGUUCCCAGGUAAUUCAGAGUUUUCUCCAUUGAGAAUGCUGGAGAUUUUAAAGUCAUUAAACUUUAAAUUUACUGUGAUCAGAAUAUGUACAGUUAAACACAAAAAAUAAUGGUAUUUAAUUCAUUAGGAAGGUGACAAAAUAUCCCUAAGUGUGCCUUUUUUCAGAUAUUUCAUAUGAAUGAUGUGAAUGAAAUGAAAGGUGUUCUGAUGAAGUGUUGCUUAUUUUGCAAAGUGUCCAGAACGUGUCAUAUUUUAACAGCUGUAAAUGUGUCCUGACACCUUUGUUUCCAGUAGUUCUUUUAGAACUCUGGAAACCUUCUUCUACUGUGUCUCCUCUUAACUUCCAGUUUGCAUUGUAUUUCUGCCUGUUUCCAGCUCCUUUCUGGAUAAUGAUGAGACAGUGGGUUGGUUCAGAGGUAGCAUUCUGAAUCCUCGGAACCGUGGAACUGUGGUUUAAGGAAUUGGGACUGUGUCGCAGGCUUGUGCCGCCGCCCCCCCCCUCCCCUCCACACUUCAGUUCAAUGGGUUACUUCCUCUUCAUUAUUACUUGCUUACAUCUGUACCAAUUGUGGGAGAGACAUGCUUGCAUCCAGGCCUCAGGCUUGCACAGUGGUUUGGAGGGCAGGCACAAACCAUAGUUUUCCGGUACAGAUCUAAGUAACAAAGAUGAGGAAAUUACAGAUUAAAUUGAAGUGUGGAGGGGAGCAGAGAGGGAGGAAUGGCACAAGCCAGCAACAUAUCCAAGGCAGUAUGAGCCUGAGGUUUGGAUGCAGCAACGUCUUUCGCCCAAACAGAGCCCUUUUUCUUUAGUGCUCUUGGGAUGCCAGGAUAUCAACCCUCCCCGCCCCAGUCUGGGACGUGCCCUGCCCUGUCCUCUUUGCCCUUCAAACCCUUUUUACUUGAGCAAGGCAUGACCAACCCUGUGACUUAGGUUGGGAAACAGGUUUGCUCCCUCUUAGUCACUUCUGCGAUGGGCUGCCUUCAUGGGCUUAGUCAGCAUCAGAACAGGAUGCAAAGUGUGUGUGUUACAACAACACCUCUCUCCAAAGCGCCUUAGGAAAGUUCCAGGGUGGGCAAAGGACACAAAGCGCACAAAUGCUGCCUUGUUGAAAGCCACCUGAGACAUUUGAACUGCAGACAUGGUGGUUCUGAGCUCACUAAAAAAGCUGAGAAAGUCCUCACCUUGAAGAGAAGUAGAAGCCCCUUCUGCCCUCUGUCCUCUUCAGGUCCCCAUUCUGCAUCCCACCAACAAUACCUAGAGGAGGAGGAGGAGGAGGAGGAGGACCCACGACUAGGAGGUGGAACUAAUUCUUGCAAAUUUCUUCAGUCUUAAAAAUAUGUUUUUGGGUGUGAGGAGUUCAAGUGGACUGUUAUUUUUGUGAUUGGACAACAUUUAGCUUGGUAGUUCUACAAUUGAUGAAGCUCAUAAACUUCUUUUGGGAAACACCAAAGAUUUUUAUUUUUACCUUUUGAAAAUGUCAGGUAAUGCUAGAUAGUAAUUAUUAUUAUUAAUAUUAAUAUAUAACCACAAGUACUUGGCAAUCAUUUUUAAUGAUUUCAGUGCAAUUUUACACACAUUUUACUUACCUAGCAAAACUAAGUCACAGUGCAAAUAUCUUUAGAAUUCUCAGGUCACGUUUAGCACCUCUCAUUUUUGGAAGUUGAAAAAUUGAACCCACCCGAAUAGUGUGUCAUGAGGACAGCUGUGAAGCACUUAUGACAAUGCUAAUUAAUACAGGGUAACUGUUUCACGUUGCUCGCAACUAGUCACACAGUUUUGCUGUGUGGCAUGUUCCUUGCUCAGGUUUUGAGCCGUCCAUCAUGGCUGGUUACUAAAGAAAACCCUCCCUCUCUUAGGCAGCUUUCCGCUCCCCCAAACCUCAGCUGUCAGUCAGCAAUCUGUGGCCACUGAGCAUGCUCAGUCCUCAUUGGGCUAUUCUUGGGGUGCCCCCUCACUUAGCUUUUUAAAGUUUAUGUUUUUUGGUAGAUCUGCAAAUCUUGGGACCCUGCCUAGCAUGUGGGUGGCUGAUGCUGUUUCGGCAACAUCAGGACUCCUGAACACCACAAAUGCAGAGAGGGAUCCUCUGAAUCAGGCAUAGGCAAACUCUGCCCCCCAGAUGUUUUUGGCCUACAACUCCCAUCAUCCCUAGCUAAGAGGACCAGUGGUCAGGGAUGGUGGGAGUUGUAGUCCCAAAACAUCCGGAGGGCCGAGUUUGCCUAUGCCUGCUCUGAAUUGUGUUUGCCUGUUCCCCUGAUGUGCAAGGAGGCGUGUGGCAAAACAAUAUUUGAUUAAACCACCUGCUCUCAUUGGGAGAAAAAGUCAAAUAGGGCAGCCUAAUGCAGAGGGCACCUCACCCAGCAGGGAAGUUAUGCAAAGCGCGGCAAGGGAAAGGCAGGCGUUCAGAUGUCUAGCACAGGGUGUUUCCUCCCUCCCUUUUAACACCCCUUAAAAAGAGUGUCAGCUGUCAGGGAAUUGGUAAGUCUAGGUUUUCUCCUACUGAAACCUUCCUAAACUCAAAUGUGGCAUUGGUGUGAAAUGCUCUUUGCACGGAAAUGCACACUUUACAAAUGCCACAUUUUAACAAAUCCUGUAAGGUGAGCCAGAAUUGUUUAUUUUGCUUGCAUCGCAGGUGGUGGUGGAGGCAGCCUCGCAGUGGGGGUGGUUCAACUAAGCUGCUUGCCAGGAUAUUAUUACUAAAUGGGGGUUUUGUGUAUGAAAAAAUCAGCAUCAUUUUGGGGUUUCUUUGGGGCUUUUUUGCUUAGUGUGGAAACUUAAAUUAUCUAAGCAGCCAAUGCAUGUUGCUACACUAAAGUUUAACUGAAGCACAACAUUUUUAACACUAUGGGUGCAUUUUAAGCUUCAUUUUAUGUUGCCUUGGGCUUAGUGUACAAUGGGACGGAAAGCAGCUUAUUAAUGAUUAUAUUUAUGUGUUUGGUCUGUGUGUUUCGCAACCAUGCUGGAAAGACCUUCUAUUGGCUAAGAAGCCAAGGAAGUUGUAAAAUAAUUGUGGGGAGUUGCAAACCAUUGUGGUGGUUGGAACUUAAGAAAUGUAGACCAACUGUCAGUUCUACGGAGGCUAAGAAAGGGGAAACUGUUUGUUUUCCGGGAAUCUGCUAGAAGGCCAAGCCCUUCCUGAUGUGUAGCACUGGAAUAGCAAAACGGAAUUCACAUGAACAGUAUGGAAGCCAUGUAUUUCUCUUGAAGCUCUGGAUACCCAGGAUGGGACCUGUUUCUGAAGUGGCCAGUUCACAUAUGCAGUUCUUGUUUAGUAGGGUUUUAGCAUGUGUAGACAGGAAGACGGGGAGUGUGGGUCUUAGGGGAGGGUUGGAGCCUCUGGUGGGGAGCACAUCAUGCUUAUUCUGGGGUAGUUUGUCUACCUUUGGUCCCCACCCUGCACUCAGUUCUCACCUGUGACUCCUGGAAGCUGUCAGCAGGUGACAGUGGCCACACUCUGGGAAACCGUUUCAACUGGCCAACUAAACCAAGUGAGGGUAGCCAAUAGGUCUCAAACCCUCAGUGAGUUACUCACUGUAUGGGAAGACAGCCUCUGGCAGAUUGAGGGGACAAGACCAGUCAUAGGACCAAUGGUCAAGAAGGCAGUUUCUGCACGUGCUGUAGAGAGAAGUGAGGGGCGGAUGGGGCUUGUCCGCCUCUUCCUUCUAGGAGAAGGAAAACUCUGAUCCACUGCCUUGAGGGAUAUCUUGGGGAGAAGAAGAAAAGGCUCAGGAGUAAGCCAGGGAUCUGGAGUGGAGUCCAUAAGACAGUUGAAUGGCAGCUUGUGUACCUCCUUCCAGCAGUUCCUGCAGCCAAGCUGGUGCCAAAUGUCUUGCUCUGCUUUCCUUUGGACCACAUCAGUGAGGCCGAGAGGGGGGUCCUGUUGUCUGGGCUUCCCAGGACUUCCAGACACACUGCCCAGGUUUGUGCCCCAGGGAGGACACUUCAGGGCUGCUGAAGCAACGGUUUGACUUGAGACGCACUCCAUUGUCCCUUAAGACAAACCGAUGCCAACAACAAGAAUACAGGAAGAUAUUUGCUGGGUUUUCUUGCUUGUGUUCCAGUCCACUUUGCAGGAUUCUCAGAUUUGACUACCGCUGUUUUGAGAGUAGGGGCUGUUGUUGUCUUCCUGCUUCUCAUCCCACUUUGGAGCUAACAGAAUAGCAAGAGCACCUGGCUCAGGUGUGGCGGACAUAGGAAGUAGUUUUAUGCUGACAAACUAUACUGGCCUAGUUCGGGCAAAAUAUGGCUUACCAAGACUGCCUAACACCUGCAGAUUGCACCUACCUUGCUCUACCCAAGGCUUCAUAGAAUCAUAGAGUUGGAAGAGACCACAAGGGCCAUCGAGUCCAACCCCCUGCCAAGCAGGAAACACCAUCAGAGCACUCCUGACAUAUGGUUGUCAAGCCUCUGCUUAAAGACCUCCAAAGAAGGAGACUCCACCACACUCCUUGGCAGCAAAUUCCACUGUCAAACAGCUCUUACUGUCAGGAAGUUCUUCCUAAUGUUUAGGUGGAAUCUUCUUUCUUGUAGUUUGGAUCCAUUGCUCUGUGCUUCUUAGCAUGGCAUGACAGCUAAGUUAAGAAUUAACCUUGGCUUCAGAUCGUAGUUAAGGAAGAGAUUCCAUUUUCCAGGAUUAUGAUAAGCUAAACCUUGGCUCAGCUGCUACGCUGAGUUAAAAGGCUCAGGGAGGUGGCACGUUGCUGUUAAGCCAUGGUUUAGAAACUCUGCAAAUGUGAAGGUAUGGUUUGUUUUUGGCUUGCAAGCCAUGACUUGUUUGGCCACCCCACCACAGGUGCUUGCCAAGCUGCAAAGGAGCAAGACAAGAGCAGCUUUGGAGAAACAAGGCAUGACUUGUUUUCUUGUCUGUUGAGCAAACCAUAGUUAAAACAAGCUGUCUUUAGCAUUCUGUGUGAAUGUAGCCAACAGUUUUAUCCUAGAACUAUCUAAAUGUGUUUCCUCCUAUAUCAAGUUCCAUUUAGACAAUUAUAUUUAAAUAAAAUACUAAUAAAAAGCAGAGGUCCUUCUGAAUAUCUUGCAACAGCAUUUGUAGUUAGCUGUAAGCAUUUUGUCAGUUUUGGGUCAAGUGGUUUAUGAGCAACUAAUGCUACCAGCCUCUAGGCAAAGUAUACAUUUUCCCUGAGUGCUUGGUCUCUGCUACAAAAUGCAUGCAGGGCUUAGCAAGCAGCCCACAAAUUCUAUAAUGAAGUAGUACAUCCAGCGAUUGGCCGUUUCAUUUGAAAAAUUGAAGGCUAUUCAUAAUAAUUAGACUGCAGUAAAACGUAAAAUAGGGCAGAGUGUUUUUCGCUCUGCUUUUUAAAAGCAAAUGUGUUUUUAUACUUGGCGUUGUAUUGGACACAAGUUAUUGGAGCGUCACGGUCACUGGAUUCUUUCCCAUACACUGGAGAUUAUUGCGCUCAUGUUUGUUGUGGCUUAUUGUUUCAAUUGUGUUCUCUUUUCUGAACUGCUCUGCGGGUCAUGUUUGAGUGGAAAAGCAGGAAACAAAUAUUUUAAUAUUAUUUGUGAUCUUUUGCCUACUAGCAUAUGCGGCUAAGCUUCCCUAAACACAGUUUGCGUUUAACCUAAAGUCAGUAAUGCUGGGGACAUGCAGACACCCCAGAAGCUCCUGAGUGGCUUUCAGGAAUUUUGGUUUGGAGAGAGGUGAGUGGAGAUCAAGUGAGGUUUAGUGAGAGUGCUUAGAAUUUACCUUGCCUAUCACAACCCCCAGUAUUCUUUGGGAAUAUUGACAGUUAUAAACUAAGAUUAAGGUGGUACGAGGUCAGAGUAUUUACUCGAGUCUCAUGCACCAUCAAAUCUAAUGCGCACCUUAAUUUUCAGAACCUUGAAACCAAAAAAAGCAUUUGCUGGCAAAUGUAAAUGUGCCAUCAAGUCUAAUGUGCACCUUAAUUUUCGCAACAUAAUUUGGCCAAAAAAGGUGAGCAUUAGAUUUGAAUAAAUUUGGUAUACAGCUGUACCUUGGUUUGCGAACACCUUGCGACUCGGAACAUUUCGGCUCCCUAACACCGCAAACCCGGAAGUGAGUGUUCUGGUUUGCGAACGUUCUUUGGAACCCGAACAUCCAACACGGCUGACGCGGCUUCUGAUUGAGUGCAGGAAGCUCCUGGAGCCAAUUGGAAGCCGUGCCUUGGUUCCCGAAUGUUUCUGAAAGUCAAAUGGACUUCUGCAACGGAUUCCAUUUGAGUGUAUACAGAUCCAAGUCUGACAGACAAGAAGCUAGAAGAAAUGCCUAUCUUUCUCCGCAUUUAAUGUCUUCAUUAAAUAGGAAACCAUUCAAUAUAUAAAAUAGACUGUGUUGUUAAAGACUUUACACCUCACAGGGUCAUCUUUUUGGUAUGGUUAGGGUACUCCAAAUGUACCUGAAAUGGAGCCAUCCAUUUUCUUUCCUGUUUGGGUGAGCCAGACUUAGAGCUGAAAAAUGGGAAAUGAUAGGAAGUGACUUGUGAUGCCAUGAGCAUUGGCUAAUCAGUGCUGGGAGAUACAAAGUCCUUCCGAACAGUUAAGUGUUUAAGGGCUGUUUGAACAGAUUGCAUGAUUCAACAAAAGUUGUAACCAGCUUGGGGGGGGGGAGGGUUUUUAACCCCCCCCCAGCACAAUUCUAAAUCUUGUUCUCUCGCAGCACAGUGGUCCACAUAGUCUGCCCAGCUUUUAAGAAUGAGCAGCAGACAAUAGAUAGGAAGGCUGUACCAGCCUGUAUCAACAGCCUUCCCACUCGGAAGUUGGGAAUCCUGGAUAAUAGACGUUUAAAGCACUUACACAAUGCAGACGCAUUAAAGACUUCAUAUUAAUUCAAACUGCUGUCCUCUAUGCAUAUUAGCAGCAGAAAUGUUACGAAUAUGGUAUAAAAUGGUGAGAUUCCAUACACCCUGCAGCUGCACUGCCAGCCCAAAUUUGCAGUUGAAAAGAUAGGUGUGCAUGCCGGUGAGAUCUGCACCCUGCUCCAUCCAUUGCUCAGGCUGCCGCUGGCUCCCCUCUAGACCAAGGCAGACCAAGCAUUCUGCAUCUGGGGGGCCAGAGGAGGCUGUGCUACCUCCUCCUUUUCGUUUUCGUAAUGGGCACACCUGGCCCCCCCCUCUAGUCUGCUGCAUGUUGCACUGGGGGGGGGAGAGAGACGAGAGUGGCCACUUCUCUCCGGAGAAGUAGGCGAAGGAGGGCAGCCCCCACCCUCUUGUCUGCACUGUGGGGGGGGGGGUUACUUUCUCAAGUGAGCAGGAGGUCAAUGGAGGGAAGGAAGGGCAAGUCUGUCUACUUGUUUUGACUCUGGGCUUGCAGGGAUAGAAGGAAACUGGAUUUCAUUAACUGGAGCAAAAAUUGUCUUGAUGUUCACAUUUGGUCAGAUCCAGGUAAAAUGGUAACCAUGUUGGGGUGUGUGUUUCUUUUUCCGUGUUUAAAUGCAUUUUCUACUUCAGUUACCACUGGGUGACACUGUUUGACUAGAUACUUCUGGCUUCCAAAAAGCUUUGUAUUUGUCUUUAAAGAUGCUGUCGUGCCAUAGCCUGAUAACUUAACCCAUACUAGUUCUAAUCUUAAAAGUACCCAGAAUAAUUCCACGGAUGCAUUAUGGAACAUCUUUUCAGUGGUAAAAUUCUGAAGUAAACAAGCUACGAGAGAGAGAGGACAUUCUCUACAGAUGUAAUGUUCCUCUGCAUGUUAAUGAAUUUCUGAUUAAUUUUUGGGAACAGGAGACUAUCAUUUGGAGAUGUGUAAUGCUGUUUGUGUUUCCUUCCUCUUCCAGUCCUCCUGUUAUGCAUGGUUUCAAGUUUCAUAAGCGAUGUUGACGGUGCUUGCUGCAUGGCUAUUUACUUCGGGGUGCAUUUUUAUAAUCGCUCAUAUUUUUUAGAAAUAACUGUUAUCAUACUGUAGUCCAGGGCGUGAUCCCAGUUAUGUGGACCCUGAAUAAGAGGUUCAGUUUCAAGCAAGACCUCUUCCACUUUGAUUUAUUGUUUUUCUAUGCUGUAUUUCAUUCAAUUGAAUCCCAAAGCAAUACAAUAAAUAACAAUAACAUCAUAAACCAGAACAGAACAUCACAAAUGCAGCAUAGAUCAUAUGAAAUAAUUAACAAAUCAUCAAUAAAACAAUUACAAUUGAUAAAGCACUCUUUCAGCCAUGGCCUUCCUCACUUAACUUCAGAUUGCUAACUGACCCCCCCGCCCCCCCGCCCCCAGGCUCUUUUGCCUUUAGCUACAGACCAUUUGCAGAAACGAGCUGGGGAGCAAUUCACUCUUCACAAAACUUAAGAAAGUUAAAAUUGCUUCCCUCUAACGCUGCCUCUUGAAUCUUUUAUGUUUCGACUCUUCUUUAAACAAGCAUGACUUUACUGGCCUUGUAAGAGCAAAGCAGUCUGUACAUGCUCAGAGGCACAGUUUGCUCUGACUCCAAGUGAACUGGCAGGUAAGCAGAGCAAGAGGCAGGUGAAUGAGAUGGCUGAGUGAGUUGAGUGGGCAAGCAUAGGGAGGUGAGAGGUUUGUGGCCUCCGCUCACCUCUUCGCCUGAAAAAGUUGACACAGAAAUAAAUUCUAAAUAAGCUUCAUUGUUUAGAUCAGCCUUCUUCCCCAACCUGGGGGCGAGCUGCAGUCGAAAACCUCUCAAGGGCACCAGAUUGGGGAACCUGGCUUAGAAGGGCUUUAGGGAAGGUCUGUGAAAGACACCUCAUUGCUUUCCCUGACGAUUUCUCACUCAGCUACCCCUGAGAAAAUUGAUCUAUCUCAGCUUGAACCGUGGCUGAGCUUUCUUUGUGAUGGACGCACCCGUCUUUUUGGCCUCAGCCUGAGCAGGGCAGCUUGCAAGGGGGAAUAUUGGGGAAUCCCAAGCAAUUUAUUCUCAUCUGUUAGCUUCUGCACAAGUAAAGGUCCUGCAGUGAAUGUUGGAGGAGGAAACCUGACUCCCCAUUGAAAUGCUGCAGUGAAGUGGAAAAGACAGCACCAUAGUCUGUCACAGCCCGAGUCUCAAAACUAGUGAGUGAGCUUCUCUAACAUAUAUGGUCCUGAGAAGCUUUUGCAUAAUUGUUUGAGGUAGCUUCUCUUUUAUAUUUCCCAGUGAUGUGCACCUUGUGGGAAAUUUUCCUAUGCAAAUUAAGGUAAUUUGAAUUAAAGAUUGAGUUAUCAUUGGGGGAAAUUAUGAUGGUCUAGAAGAGUGAUCUAAUUUGGCAGGUUUAUUUUACACAGGAAACUGAAUUAUACAGAGUCCCUCCCUGGAGAUGCCAGCAGUGGAACCUUGCAAAGCAGUGGAACCUUGCUUCUUCUGCUGAGCUGCAGUCCUUCCCCUGACUUUUAGCAAAGCUGAAAACUGGGAAGUUGCUGUGUUUGCCUAAUACUGUAUUUGCAAUUGGCACCCAUUCAUUGUUACUAAUAAAGUUAUGAAAUGGAUUUUUUUUCACAGAAAAAUAAAGUGUGGGAAAACAUUUCACCCAUAUCAUUGGUCUUUCCCAGCAAAGGAUUUGCAGGAUAUUAAAUCUUUUACAUGGGGUGAUUAGUGCAUUUGUUGCUUUAGUACCUGAGACCCACUGAAGAAAUAUAUUUCUAAGUAAGAAGACAGGUGCAACCAAGAGACUCCCCCGCCAGUUAGAUGAGCUCCCUCUGCCUUUCUAGCUUGUAGGAAUUAAGCUCGGGGCUUCCCAGCCUGCACGUCCCUAAUUAAUGGUUCCAUUAACUGCUGGAGUAACUCUUGCCACGUUUCCGGGAUCUGACAGGGCACCCAACUGACCAGGCUUGCCACCAGUCACAUUCUGGGAUAAUCCUCUGGUUUUAUAUUUUGGGCAUGGCUGGCCUAAUUGCAUGUCUCUUGCCAGGCUCGUAAAGUUCACCUUAGUUUCCCCCAUUAAUUCUACACGGAGUUGAGUGGAUUUGUGAGAAAAGCCUCCUGCUGUAGACAAGAAAAGGUAAACAGUAAUUAACAGCAAAUGUUUGUGCAGAGACUGGGCGAUUUAAAAGAACUACAACAGGCUAGUGCAGCCCAGUGUCUUGCGGACUCAAUGGAAACCUCUGUUGCUUGACUUGUGGCAUUGCUACGGCACAGCCCAACAGUCCAGCACAUGCAACAAAGGGUGUUUUAAUGGGCGCAUGAUCUCCUGCACAUGGCUCCUUGUCCCUCUGGCAAUUAGCUUACUCCCUAUACAAUUGGGAGUUAGGAGUACAUGAGGUUUACAAAGUACAAGAAAGAAUUUCUGAUGUUGGGAAAAGGAAAAGCAUCCAUGAGGCUAAAGUGACUUACACAUCUUUGCAUGCUCACAGUAUAAAUAAUUGUAUCUCUACCAUGAGAGAGAGAGAGCGCGCGCUGUGUGGGAGCUCACUUGUCGUUGCUUCAGAUUCUUUUAUCAAAAGUAUGGAAAGAGAAUGUAAAUUAUUUGCAUGUUCUCUACUUCUGGUUCUGUGCAUUCUCUGUCUUGGUGUUUGUUGCUUUGGAGUGUUCACAAUUCUGCCUUAUCUUUUAAACCUUAUGGCGACCCUGUAAAGUGGGUUAGGGAGAGGUUCUCGGAUGUGGUAAGAUCCAGCCUCCCCGAAAUGUCUUCUCCCUCUGCAAAUCAGAUGUCUUCAUUUGUAGCUCAGUCUCUUAGCCAGUGGCUAUAGGUCUGCAUAGGGGAGAAGCAUUUAUGUUAGAAUUUUAUUUAUUUGGCGUGUUUGUCCUAUUGACAAGCCGCCUUAAGCAGAACGGAGGGAGGCAGCCAGUAAAGCCUUUGGCUCAAUAGAAAUCCUCUUGCGCAAUGGGGCAGAUAUUUUUUUGGGGGGGGGGGGGUGCUUGGAAGAACUGCAGCAGGAGAGGAAUCCUUGCUGCAGGAGUGGAGGCCCUCUUAGGAUACAUUGGAUCUCACCCAGAAUCUCCUAAAAUGUUACAGACUUUUGCUUUAGGCUCAAUGAGCGGAGGUUCUGCAAGCCCUUAAACAUGGAACAAGGCAUAUUUCUAGCUUAAUAAUUAAACUGGGCUGGUGGUUCUCUGAUAUUUACAUUCCUUAAAUAACCAAAAGCGAAACCACACCCUGCUGUUGGCUUAACUGUGGCUGUAGUUUUUCUGCUUUGGUGAGUUACUAUGAAUUGUGUUAUUUUAUGGUGAAAUGUCUGAAACUCUAAACUUCCCAAUACACAUAACUGAGACUCAGGAGUGGUGGUAGUUCUUUUAAAAACUUAUUUAGCUUGUCUCUGAGAGACUCUUGUACUGUAAAAUGUUUACCUUUUGAAAUGAGUCCCACAUGCUUAUUCCAACAAGAAAGAUUUUCAAGUGAUGGACAGAAUUCAAGAAGCAUAGAAUUAAGGGAGUUGGGAUAUCAUGGGGCAACUAAGCACAGUGGUACCUCGGAUUAAGAACUUAAUUCGUUCUGGAGGUCUGUUCUUAACCUGAAACUGUUCUUAACCUGAAGCACAACUUUAGCUAAUGGUGCCUACUGCCGCCGCGCAAUUUCUGUUCUCAUCCUGAAGCAAAGUUCUUAACCCAAGGUACUAUUUCUGGGUUAGCGGAGUCCGUAACCUGAAGCAUCUGUAACCUGAGGUACCACUGUAUUUUUUCCAAAUUUCAAAGCUGCACCUCUGGGAUGUUUUGGAGUAAAGUGUUUGCACUAUUUGGUACUACUUUUACUCAGAGGAGGUGAGGGCUGACUUGUUAAACUCCAGAGGACUCAAAAAGAUAAUGGAAGACUCAUGCUUCUUCAAAGGCUACAAGAUGACAUUCAGCUAAGUUCUACUCUGGUGUAGACCCAUAGAAAUAUUAUCCUUGGGAACGGUGUGGUAAAAUAAAAGUGGAAAAUAAAAGAAGCUAUGUCUCUAUUUCCUGGUUGUUUUCGAUUGUUGGGGCCUUUAAUUGUUUCUGUCUGCAGGAGCGGAUGCUGUUUGCAGCUCCCCCCAGGCGUCUAGUUGGCCCUUGUGAGAACAGGAUGCCGGACUAGACGGGCCCCUGGCCUGGUCCCACAGGGAUGUUCUUCUGAAUCAGCUUAUUUAUUCUCUGUUCACUUAGUCUGUUCAUAUAGUUCCCUUUGUGCCAAAGCACACAAGGCUGCUAUUGGUUUGCAGUCCGAGGGAGCAAAAGGUACAAAAGGAACUAUGCAACUUGUUUGGGGAUGUUUAUAACUUGAAGUAUGGUAAAAGAGCCUAGGAACCCAUGAUGCUGCCUUAUAGCAAAUCAGAUUAUUGGGCCAUCUAGCAAAAUAGUGUCUCUGGUGACGCAGUAGCUCUCCAAAGUCUCGGGGCCACUUUUCCCGCUCUUGCUGGCUGAGAUUUUUUUAACGGGAUGUGCCAGGGAUUCAGUCGGGCACCUUUCCCUGUGACGACUGUGUUUUGCUGCUCGCAAUGGCAUGAACGCUUGCAAUGUCUGAAGUUGCUCCAACUCCUGCAUAGGAUGGAGUCCUGAAUAGUAAAAUGUCCUCCAUUUUAUUUUAUUAAUGUUUUUUUCAUGGUGUUUUGGUCAGAAGCAUUUUAGGAAAGAUGUUGAUUCUAUUUCAAGAGAGAGCCUAUGUAAGAAAUGUAAAAACAUUGCUUUGAGAUCAUAUUAGUAUAUACACAAGCUAAAAUAAAAUUAUUACUUAUUAAAUUUGUAUGCCGCCCUUCAUCUGAAGAUCUCAGGGUGGUUCACAGCAUAAAAGUACAAGAUAAAAACACAAACUACAUAAUAAAAACAGGAACAAAAACAAACCAAUAACACCCCCCCAACACAUUUCAAAGGGUAUAGGAUGUUAAUCAGCCCAAGGACUGGUUGAAGAGCAAUGUUUUCACUCGGCACCUAAAUAUAUGUAUAAUGGAGGCACCAGGCAAACCUCCCUAGAGAGAUCCUUCCACAAACGGGGAGCCACUACAGAAAAGGCGCGUUCGCAUGUUGCCACCUUCUGGACCUCACCUGGAGGAGGCACACAAAGAAGGGCCUCAGAUGAGCAUCACAGGGCCCAGGUUGGUUCAUAUGGAGAUAAUAAUGGUGUAAGGGCCCUUUGUUCUCUGGGUUUGCAGAGUUGUACCUCGGGGUUGGCUGGGUUGGCCCCCACCAAGGGCACAGGCUGGGUGUGUGAGCAAAAAUUGCAAAGAAAGACAGAGCUGGCAAUUGCCAGGGGCCCAAGGGACGGGGUGGAGGCAGUGGCUGAGGCAGCUCCUUGUCAAGGGUGCAAGGUGGCCAAGGGAUGCCUCUUAAGGUUUGCAAAGGAUAGAGGUGCACAUACGGCAGCCACGUACUUCGUUCAGUGAUAGACAGCCUCUGCUCUGUCAUCUCCCCUCUCUGCUCCCAAAUGAGCCAAAUGGCUUGGGGUCUCCUACUUGCCUCACGCUGUAAAUACCCGCAGGCCUCUGAAAGCAGUACAGGGUUUUGGAAGAAGCUUAUAGGAAACAUAAACAGUUCCUAUGGUGGCAUACCCACCAAGUGCCCAGGGCUCAGGAUUGCUGCAAAGUCCAUAGCAUUUUCUGUGGGGAAGCGGCUUCUCCCCAGGCUCCGUGUUCUUGAAGAAUUCCAAGAGAAAGUCCCCAGCAUAAUCCUCUGCCAUUUGUUCCCUGUUGAAUAAAUUAAUCCUUUUAAAAGCUCAACUAGUUAAUAGGCCAGGUGGCAGCCCUACCCAUAUGAGAGGAUAUUUGAUUCACGUUUUCUUGUUCCUAAUAAAAUGGAUUGAGCUAAGGAUGUUUUCUGUGCCUUACAGAUAACUCAAGUGAGGAUUCUGAAUCCAGAGAGCCUUCUCUCAUUCCCAGAAAUAUAAUGGCUGAACCAGAUUACAUAGAUGAAGACAAUCCUGAGCUAAUUAGACCCCAGAAACUAAUUAAUCCUGUGAAAUCAUCCCGGAAUCAUCAAGAUCUUCAUAGAGAGCUCCGCAUGAAUCAGAAAAGGUAAGAAAUAAGGUGGUAAAUUCUGUAGCUAACAGAACUUUAAUUUCCAGUCACGAAUGAACAGGCACCUUAAUCCUGGAAAUUACCAACUGUCCUUGUGCCCUUUCAGCUAAUUCUUAAUUUGAACUACAGCUGCCGUUGAGGGCACAGUAUAUUUAGGCUUCUUCCUUCAAUACAGACCCAUGCAUGUUUGUGGCUGCACAAAGGAGUUGUAUUGGGGAGGGGAGCACGAGCCUGGGUGAGGCGCGCUCUCGAUCUCCCCACAGCUCAUCUUUGGGGUCAUGUUAGUUGAGUAUGUGUGUGUACCCUACUAUUUCAUAGAAAAAUACCAAAGCGGCUUACAAUAAGACAUAAAACCGUGCAAUAAACUGUACAAAACUUGGGUGCAGCUAUGUCAUUUAACAUACAGUUAUGUGCACUCCACUUCCCUGAGCCGUGAGAAGUGCCAGGUGGCACGACAUACUCCUUCGUAAGGAGGAAACAUAAGCCACUUGACAUAAGCACAGGUUGCAUGCAGGCACCGUGCAGCACCACGGCUACAACUCCACGGCAUCAUGAAGAUCCUGUCGCCACCCGUGAGGCAGUUCUGUCUCUCUCACUUCCUCGCCUUGACUGUGCCAACAAUCUCUUGGUCCCCUUUGCUUGGGGGAGUUCCCUAUCUAAGCAUUUCAAAGUGGCCCAGGAUGACGGAGCAGCUCCUUGGCGCUUCAGCUCCCUGGACAGACAUGGGUGGAGGAUCCUGGGCAAUCGCCACUCCUCUUGUCUAAGCCAGAGAUGGCCUUAAGGCAAACCUAUGGCAUUUGUCCUCUUCACUGAUAGCAAAGUUCAGAACAGUGCACAUUUUGCUGCAUCUUUGAACGUGCCCUGGAAUAAGGGUCCAGUAGGCCUGCAACUUACAGUUCCAUGGUGGGUGGGUUUACCAAAGUCAUUUCCCCCAGAACCUCACCCCCUUUUAAGUUUUGAAUACCUUUUGCCACACACAUAAAGCUGAAUUUGCACAAGCUAAGUGUGCAAGUCAUGGGCUUUCUGAAUAUCUCAUACAGUCAGGGAGUCAUUCUUUGGAAAAAUAGAAGAGACUUCUUUGGCAUAAAUCAUACUGUAUUUAUAGCAUUAAUCUAAAAAGAACUAUGAGAGUAUUUUCAAGGGAAGAAGUUUGGUCCAAUGUGCAGUAGGAGCAGUAACUCUCAACCCCCCUUAAUCAAAGAAGCGUAUUGCAGAGUAGAUGAAAUGAGACAAAUCCAUGAAGUUCUGUGUUGUCUGAUCCUUCCUUUUAUGUCUUUAUAAUUUAGUUUCAUGGGGCGUACAGUGACCUUACCUCCAAGUUAAGCUUCUUUAAUAAAGUUUACUUCUGUAGCAUCCAUACUUGUCAGGCUGUUGACCGUUCAUGAAACUGAUAUUCUUCUAAACUUCAUCUCAGUUGUCGCAUGGUGAGAAAAUCAAUAGCAAGACCUUCGAAAUUCUGUUCAGUCUGCAGAAAGUGUAUGCUUAUUAUAGAGAGCCUCAACAUUUUGCUUGUGGAAAUUGAUAGGACUUGGUUUGGUAGGACUAUUUAAAACAGGAAACGAAAAGAGUGUUUUUCUUUUUGAACAGUUGUUGUUUAGUCAUUUAGUCGUGUCUGACUCUUUGUGACCCCAUGGACCAGAGCACGUCAGUCACUCCUGUCUUCCGCUGCAUGUUGGUAGCUUCGAGAACACUGUCCAACCAUCUCGUCCUCUGUCGUCCCCUUCUCCUUGUGCCUUCCAUCCUUCCCAGCAUCAGGGUCUUUUCCAGGGAGUCUUCUCUUCUCAUGAGGUGGCCAAAGUAUUGGAGCCUCAGCUUCACGAUCUGUCCUUCCAGUGAGCACUCAGGGCUAAUUUCCUUAAGAAUGGAUGCGUUUGAUCUUCUUGCAGUCCAUGGGACUCUCCAGAGUCUCCUCCAGCACCAUAAUUCAAAAGCAUUAAUUCUUUGGCAAUCAGCCUUCUUUAUGGUCCAGCUCUCACUUCCAUACAUCACUACUGGGAAAACCAUAGCUUUAACUAUACGGACCUUUGUUGGCAAGGUGAUGUCUCUGAUUUUUAAGAUGCUGUCUAGGUUUGUCAUCGCUUUUCUCCCAAGAAGCAGGCAUCUUUUAAUUUCGUGACUGCUGUCACCAUCUGCAGUGAUCAUGGAGCCCAAGAAAGUAAAAUCUUUCACUUCCUCUGUUUCUUCCCCUUCUAUUUGCCAGGAGGUGAUGGGACCAGUGGUCAUGAUCUUAGUUUUUUUGAUGUUGAGCUUCAGACCAUAUUUUGCACACUCCUCUUUCACCUUCAUUAAAAGGUUCUUUAAUUCCUCCUCACUUUCUGCCAUCAAGGUUGUGUCAUCUGCAUAUCUGAGGUGGUUGAUAUUUCUUCCGGCAAUCUUAAUUCCGGUUUGGGAUUCAUUCAGUCCAGCCUUUCGCAUGAUGAAUUCUGCAUAUAUGUUAAAUAAGCAGGGAGACAAUAUACAGCCUUGUCAUACUCCUUUUCAAAUUUUGAACCAAUCAAUUAUUCCAUAUCCAGUUCUAACUAGCUUCUUGUCCCAUAGAGAUUUCUCAGGAGACAGAUGAGGUGAUCAGGCACUCCUAUUUCUUUAAGAACUUGCCAUAGUUUGCUGUGGUAGACACAGUCAAAUGUGAAUUUUGAACAAUGUGUUUUGAAGAGUUAGCCAAAGGCAAACUGUUGUUUGCUGGGAAAGGACACUGACUGUAUUUUUCAACAUUCUGGAUCAAAUCUGAUUUAGUCUUGUAAUCUUACAUUUGUAUCCUGCAGUUCAGAAUGAAGAUGGCAAUCUUUUGGUGUCCAUCUGCCUGUUCCAAAAUGUCAAGUUAAAGGAAAUCUUUCCCUGAUCUGAACCGUCCCCCCACCAUGAGGGCCCCCCAAAUGGCAAGGCAGCCCUUUCCCCCCAUCUCCUUACCUGGGAGAACGACAGGUGAGCAUUCAAGGAGACCUGGAUGCCUCACACUGACUGAGCCCUCAGCAGCUGUUACUGGUUGAGUGGGCUGCAAACUGGGAUGGCUUUCUAACUCUCCAGUGGAAGUUUAUGUGCUUCAGAAUGGACCUGUUCACACAAACCCUAAAGGAAAUCUGGGGAAAGACAGCCAAAGUAGUUUUGGAAGCCACAUCUCGGCUGAGAAGCUCUUGGUUCUUGGAGCUGAUUCCUCUUUCCACAUUCCUUCCUUAUUGCUUCUUCUGCGCCAGGGCCUUCUUCCGCAGGGCCUGCUGUCUCGCCUGUCUUCACAGUGGAUCUAGCUUGUCACCUGGGGUUGAAGUGGUGGUGCUGUUGUUGCUGUGCUUGUAACAUUUAUAUUCCGCCUUUCCUCCAAGGAGCUCAAGGUGGUGUACAUAGUCCCCCCCCUCCAUUUUAUCUUCACAACAACUCUGUGAGGUGGGUUAGGUUGAGAGGCUGUGACCGGCUGAAGGUCACCCAGGGAGGUUCACAGUCAAAUGGGAACCAGCAACCUGGCCUCCCGGCUGCAGUGAUGCACUUGCUUUGAACACACACAAAGCAGUCAUUGCCUGUAUCAGAUGCCACCUGGCCCCCACAUUUUCAUGGACUUAUACUUCUGUUGCCCACCUAGCAGUUCGAAAGCACCCUUAAGUGCAAGUAGAUAAAUAGGUACCGCUUUAUAGCGGGAAGGUAAACGGCGUUUCCGUGUGCUGCUCUGGUGCCGGUUCGUCAGAGCAGCUUGUCACGCUGGCCACGUGACCCGGAAGUGUCUGCGGACAGCGCUGGCUCCCGGCCUCUAGAGUGAGAUGAGCGCACAACCCUAGAGUCUGUCAAGACUGGCCCGUACGGGCAGGGGUACCUUUACCUUUACCUUAUACUUCUGUUACAAAGGAGGAAACUGGCUCCUUCUGCCUCUGGGGGGGCCCAUCAAAGCCUGACACCUUUCCUGGGAAAUAGGGUCCAAGGUCUCCCUAGUGAACCCCUCUCCACAGUUGUUUAAGCGCAGGUUCACAGGGCUAGGGGGAGACUGCAGCAAGGAGGAGGAAUACAAAGUGUUCCCUUUCUGCCCUAAUUUUGCAUCCGGUAUGUUGCUGGCCUUGAAUUCAGAUCUACCCAGCCACUAGUAGUUCUUCCUAAAGAGUGAUCAAGUUGACACAGAAGUGGAAGACAGCAAUCAUGGAUUUCCUAUUAUAAAGCAGCACUGAGUUUUCAGUGGGGCACAUUUCUGUUGUUCUAAAGUAAAUGGUAAAGGUAAAGGGACCCCUGACCAUUAGGUCCAGUCGUGGCCGACUCUGGGGUUACGGCGCUCAUCUCGCUUUACUGGCCGAGGGAGCCAACAUACAGCUUCCGGGUCAUGUGGCCAGCAGGACUAAGCUGCUUCUGGCGAACCAGAGCAGCGCACGGAAACGCUGUCCUAAAGUUCUUGAUCAUAAAAAGACAACUUAUUUCCCCCCUUUGUUUGUGAUGUGAAUGUUAUUAGCAUCUUCCUUUAUAAUUUAUAAUAAAGCAAGGAAAGGGAUAAAAGUUGAGUGAUGACUGUGAUAGCCAGAACAAGUAGAUUUUUGCCUAUUAAUCUUCAUGGCCAGUGUGACAUUUUAUCUUUCUGUCUGUACCACACAAUUUGUCAAGUUGGGCAAAUCUUUUUAUCUCCUUUGGCUAAAACUCUCUUAAAUGCCUUAUUUUAACACACAAAAGUAUUAUUCAAAGGAGUCUGAAAAGUACACUCUUUUCAUUGCCAAUAUAGUAAGAGAAAGUUGGCAGUGAGUUAUGCCCUACUUUAAUUAACGGGAUUAAGCAUCAAAGCCCAACUACCACCCUGGAAAUUUUUUAUUAAAGACCUAGGGAAACUAUUUUAAAUUCAGUUUUCAUUCAGUUUCAAAGCAGAUUCAGGUGGAACUGAACUGCAUCCACAUAAUAGCAUAAAGUCCUUUAAGUAAUCCAGAGACUUUUGUUUCCCAUACAAAGACAUCCAAUUACGCAGUAAAUCUCUCUUCAGUGCUUCCAUUUUUCUUAUUAACAGCAGAGUAUAUAAUUCUAGAUUUCCCCUAAUUUUCAUUGAAAUAGCAGUUUGUGGCGAAGCACAUUGCAGACUUCUGGUACUAGGCUUCCUUUUUUAAUUCUUGAUUUUUAUUUUAAAGGGAAAAUGGGCUGCUCUAUGGAGUGUUUUUUAUAAUAAAUUUUUAUUAGUUUUUAACAAUGUAUAAACAAAAUGGUUGAUGGAUAACAGUCAUCAGGAUGCUCAUUUGAGUAUUUUAGGAAGGAGUACCAAGCUUAAAAAAAAUUGUCCACAUCAGAUAUAUUAUUCAAGGCAUGUACCCUCUUCGUUUGUUUUUUAGAUAGGGCAGUUGUUCAAACAUUCUGUCACCAUCGUGUGAUAUUUUCAGAUGUUCAAGUCCUUUCCAAUUCUGUGCUGUAACUAAUUGCCAGAAGAAAAGUCUGGAAUCAUUGAAUCAUAGAAUUUUAGCGUUGGAAGGAACCCCGGGGGUCAUCUAGUCCAACCCUCUGCAAUGCAGGAAUCUCAAUUAAAUCAAACAUGACGGAUGGCCCUCCAACCUCUGCUUCAAAACCUCCAAGGAGGGAGAGUCCACCAUGGGCCAAGGGAGUCCGUUCCACUCUUCUGACAGCUCAAAUUAUCAGAAAUAAUUCCUUAAUGUAAUAAAGCAAGGAGAUCUUCCUUAAAAAUAGUUAACGAGCCCAAAAUUGGAUUGCACAGUACUUUCUGAUUUGCAAUAUUACUUAUUUCCAUGAAUACAAUGCCUUCCCAGAAUGGCUGUAUUAGUUCAUGCGUCUCUGAAGCUGCCCUUGAGCACCACCUAGUGACAAGCACCCCGGUGGAACAUGCAUCUCCCUCUCUACAAACCGACUUUGAAGCUCUGGGAGUUGGCUGCUCUUGCAGAGAUGCCACUUGGCUCAGGAAGGCUGCUCUUUGGCUUCCGGGACUCAGGGAGGUCACACGUUAGGGAUUGCGCUACCAGAACCACUCAUAAGGCCAGCUUUUCAGAACAGGAUUACAUAGCAUUGGUUUCCCAAAAUAUCAUGGAAGAUCAGAAGUUAGUCAAAUCACCUAGCUUCUAUGAUAGUGGAAAAUAAAAUAUAAUACUGUGUUGUUGUUUAGUCGUUUAGUCGUGUCCGACUCUUCGUGAUCCCAUAGACCAGAGCACGCCAGGCACUCCUGUCUUCCACUGCCUCCCGCAGUUUGGUCAAACUCAUGCUGGUAGCUUCCAGAACACUGUCCAACCAUCUCGUCCUCUGUCGUCCCCUUCUCCUUGUGCCCUCCAUCUUUCCCAACAUCAGGGUCUUUUCCAGGGAGUCUUCUCUUCUCAUGAGGUGGCCAAAGUAUUAGAGCCUCAGCUUCAGGAUCUGUCCUUCCAGUGAGCAUUCAGGGCUGAUUUCCUUAAGAAUGGAUGCGUUUGAUCUUCUUGCAGUCCAUGGGACUCUCAAUCAGCCUUCUUUAUGGUCCAGCUCUCGCUUCCAUACAUCACUACUGGGAAAACCAUAGCUUUAACUAUACAGACCUUUGUUGGCAAGGUGAUGUCUCUGCUUUUUAAGAUGCUGUAUAGGUUUGUCAUCGCUUUUCUCCCAAGAAGCAGGCAUCAACAGUGAUCAUGGAGCCCAAGAAAGUAAAAUUUCUCACUGCCUCCGUUUCUUCCCCUUCUAUUUGCCAGGGGGUGAUGGGACCAGUGGCCAUGAUCUUAGGUUUUUUUUUAUGUUGAGCUUCAGACCAUAUUUUGCGCUCUCCUCUUUCACCUUCAUUAAAAGGUUCUUUAAUUCCUUCUCACUUUCUGCCAUCAAGGUUAUCUCAUCUGCAUACCUGAGGUGGUUGAUAUUUCUUCCGGCAAUCUUAAUUCCGGCUUGGGAUUCAACUGUAGCUUCUUGUCCCACUUACAGAUUUCUCAGGAGACAGAUGAGGUGAUCAGGCACUCCCAUUUCUUUAAGAACUUGCCAUAGUUUGCUGUGGUCGACACAGUCAAAGGCUUUUGCAUAGUCAAUGAAGCAGAAGUAGAUGUCUUUCUGGAACUCUCUAGCUUUCUCCAUAAUCCAGCACAUGUUUGCAAUUUGGUCUCUGGUUCCUCUGCCCCUUCAAAAUCCAGCUUGCACUUCUGGGAGUUCUCAGUCCACAUACUGCUUAAGCCUGCCUUGUAGAAUUUUAAGCAUAACCUUGCUAGCGUGUGAAGUGAGCGCAAUUGUGCGGUAGGUAGUUGGAGCAUUUUUUGGCACUGCCCUUCUUUGGGAUUGGAAUGUAGACUGAUCUUCUCCAAACCUCUGGCCAUAAUACUGUGGGUAAGAAUAUAAGAGAACGCCAGCACCCAUAAGGCCUUUCCCAAUAGAACUACUUACUGAAGGACCAGGCUGGUUGGUGUCCCCCCCCCCCCCCCCGGCCGGCCAGCUGAUUGACUUCAUUAUUUAUACAGCUUUUAUUCAUUCUUAUUGUCACAAUGUUUUUAGCUGUUUUUUUAGGGUUGCCUGGAAAGCAACAUAUAAUUACAUACAUUAGAGUAAAUAUGCAUCAGUAUGUAAAUGGCAUCAGUGAAGCAAAAAACCACAUCAAGGGUUUUCUUGUAGCGGAGGUUUAGUGACCUAUUUCCUAAGUCCAUAUAGGUAAAAUAGAUCACGCACUAUAACCCCUUAUUAUUUUUGCAUAGUAAUUUUGGAUUUCAGAGUGUCUCUAAUGGUGACACUCUUCGUUUAUAUUUCUAUAAAAUACUUGCCUCUUCUUUUUUGAAAGGUAGUGAUGUUGCUGUCUUUUGCUGCCUAAAUAAACUCUUUCCCUCCCCAAAACUCAAGGAAAUGAGGAUUUUGAAGAUCAUUAGGGUGCACGCUUCUGCCUUUACAGCAAACGUUGACAAACUCCAAAUGCGUUCUGCUCGUUGACAGAGCCACUGAAAUAGGAAAAAUGCAUAAACAUUAUGAAGAUUCAGUCAUAAACCGUUGUUCAAAAACUAGUUCUACCAGAGCAGUAAUCUUUAAAUUUCACAUUGGCUUUUGAGAAUUGGACAUGGAACUAUUCUGGGUGUUAAGAGGGCGCAUUCUGCGAUGCAUGCUCAGUUGGACUGCACUACUGGCCAGAUAUUUGAGGCUUUGUCUCAUCACUGUCGCUUUUGCCCAGAGGAAAUCCAGCACUUCUCUGAAACUCUGUGAUACAGGGUAAUAGUGGAAGUGAUUUAUAUUUGGGGUGGGGGAACGGGGGAGCGGGGGGGGGGGGAGCAGGAUGACGCCUUCUUCACCAAUUUGCUCCCCAAUUUUCUUGGUGUGAAAUCAAGAGAAUGAGCUAAACAUGUAUCCAAGGACUGAAUUCGGCUCCACGUUUAUGUUGCCUGAAGAUCAGUAAUAUCUUUUCUCUUUUCAUAGGGAGCAUGCAAUGGCUUAACUUGGGAAUUUGAGAGCAAGAGAGAAAUGGAACCAGUAUUUUAUCGUUUGAAAAGACCUGGUGGACUGCUCUGUCCCAUGAGACUAGGGCCCUUCAGGAUUUAACCUCCUUCCGUCGGGCCUGUAAGACAGAGCUAUUCCGCCUGGCCUUUAAUUUGAAUUCAGCCUGAUCUUUUAUUUCCCUUCCCUUCUCUUCCCUCCCCCUCCCCUUUUAUGAAGAUCACCCACUCUGAGACCCCACAGCUAAUUCUCCCCUGGCCUCCUCGCUGGCCCAAGUAGGACCAAUUCAGCCAGCUAGCCCUGGGGAUUAUCUAAUUGGUUUUUGAAUUUUAUUGUUAUUCAUGUUUUUAUAUUGUAGUUUAUGCUGCUUUUAUAAUUAAGUGUUUUAAAGUGUUUUAAAUUUGUUGUUAGCUGCCCUGAGCCCGGUUUUUGAACCGGGAAGGGCGGGGUAUAAAUAAAAUUAUUAUUAUUAUUAUUAUUAUUAUUAUUAUUAUUAUCAUCAUCAUCAUCAUCAUCAUCAAAGUUUCAUGUCUCCAAACAACUUUGGUGUGAUUAUCCGUAUCCUAGAUUGGGAAACUGAUCUCAAAUUUGAACAGCUUAGCUAAGAUGAUACAGUCAAAUGGAGAGCAGCCCCACAUGGCUGCAACAUUUAGUCAAUCAGUUGGAUUGAUCUAAAAACAUUUUUCAUUCAAAAGGUACUCCCAAAUAAACCUAUUUACAAAAACAUAUGUUGCAGACAAUUUUUUAAAAAGUACUUACUGGUGUUGGUUGCAGGUUAUUUUCUUGGGCGGGAUUGCUUUUUCUAAGGCUCUGCAUGUUACAAAUGUAUGCAUGUUAUCUGAAAACAAACAAUUUCUUAAAACUAUUCAUAUGAAGAUUUGUGCUGAUUUAGUCAAAUAAAUGUAUAUGAUGGCCUGAUUUCUCACCGGAUGGCUGUCCUCUAAUAUAAUGGGAAUAUGUCAUGUCAAUAAGUAACUCAACGCAGAACCCUCUCCCUUCUUUUGAUAGGGGUCUUGCUCCUCAGAAUAAGCCGGAGCUGCAAAAGGUGCUGGAAAGACGAAAAAGAGACCAAGUUAUCAAGCAACAGAAGGAGGAGGAGGCACAAAAGAAGAGAUCGGACCUGGAAAUAGAGCUACUCAAACGGCAGCAGAAAUUAGAACAGGUAAGAGGGCAGGAAAAUGGUAUAGAAUAGACUCGAGGAGCUUCUCUUCUCUUUAUUAUAAAGGUAAAGGGACCCCUGACCAUUAGGUCCAGUCGUGACCGACUCUGGGGUUGCAGCACUCAUCUCGCUUUACUGGCCGAGGGAGCCGGCGUACAGCUUCCGGGUCAUGUGGCCAGCAUGACUAAGCCGCUUCUGGUGAACCAGAGCAGCACACAGAAACGCCGUUUACCUUCCCUCUAGAGCGGUACCUAUUUAUCUACUUGCACUUUGAUGUGCUUUCGAACUGCUAGGUUGGCAGGAGCUGGGACCGAGCAACAGGAGCUCACCCCAUCGCGGGGAUUCGAACCGCCGACCUUCUGAUUGGCAAGUCCUAGGCUCUGUGGUUUAACCCACAGCGCCACCCGCGUCCUCUCUUUAUUAUAGAUUUCAUUAAAAAUUACAUACCAAAACCUCAAAGCGGUUUACAAAAAAGAUAAAAUAAUAAAAUUAUCUAGAUCAGAUUAAUGAAUUCAGUACCACAGAAUGCACUGGAAACUCUUUCAAAAUAUAAAAAGAAACUGUGAUUGUUAGUUCCGCAGCUGACUUUUGAAAACAAUUGGUAAUACUAGGUUUAAAAAUUAUAGGAGAAGAUUCAUGGAAGAGAAGUGUUGCAAAUAUUGAUCAGGCAAGAUGAUCAGGGAAUGUGUUCUCGCUCUCUCAGGGUGACCCUGGAAAGUUGGAAGUGAGGGACCAGGUAGUGAAAUAGACCCAGAUCCUCCUUGCGCAUGUAUGCUGCCAUCGAGGCUGAGCCUUGCACAUUAACAAAGUGCUGAAUCUGGUUACGCUCACUGCUUACAAUUCAUAUUUUGAGAAAUGCCACUCUGCUCAUUUCUUCCUUCUUUUUUAAAAUUGAUCUCUUUUUGUUUUAAGCUUGAACUUGAAAAGCAGAAGAUCCAGGAGGAGCAAGAGAAUGCACCUGAAUUUGUAAAAGUGAAAGGCAAUUUGAGGAGGACAGCGCAAGAAGCUGCAGAAGCUGAAGCCUCCUAG